CUCCAAACCUCUCAGCUCCUUCUAUCCCACCAUCCUUCUAACACUCUCAUUCACUUAACAUCAUCCCCUUGCAAUUCUCUGCUCUGUCCCUGCAUCCCUCUGACUCCUGUCACAUCCUUAUCUCUGCUCCCUCACCCCACCCCUCUUCCAUCUGACCCCCUCUCCUCACUCCCCUCAAUCAGACUUCCUCUCCCUAACAAACUCCUUCUCUCUUUCGCCAGUCCCUCUCUCUCUUCUUCCACAAGCUAAUUCUUUAUGCUCAGCAUCUUGCUCCUGGAUUUGACUGCCAUCAGCUGUUUUCCCAUCUGAAGGAUGUUUGAAAGAGAACCCAGCACACACACAGGGGCAGUUACAGUGUGAUUUGAGGGAGCUGGAGGAAGAUUAGGGUUUAGAAUCAGGAUAGCAGAGAAGUGGUCUGAAUAUAUUGGAAACAUGCAUCUCGUCCAUCACUUUCACUGUAGCCUCCUCUUCCUAGGUGAGUACUUUUACAUCAAUUCUCUAACCUAAUAGCUAGGAGUCUACAUUAUCAUGGGUCCCAAUCUCAACUUCAGCUCACUGUCUCAGAUCUACUUCUUUAGAUCACACUUUAAACAUUAGUGGUGAUGCUUCCUUCUGUGUCUCUGUCUGUCUUUAACAUACUGUAUGUGUCAUAUCUCCCAGUGUAGGUUUAAGCAGUAUGCAUUGUGGGUCUGCUACUCUAUUAUCAUAUAAUGCUUUAUGUAGACUAUGAGAUAGAUGUGACAGUAAGAUGUCUGUACCAAGUGUUGGUAUUAUGUAUUAUGUGAAUAUAUGGACAUAUGUCUGUGAACUUGUGCAUCUAUGUUGUAUAAUUCAUAAACCUUUAGUCUAUAGAUGCUUGUUAUGAGAUAUGUUAUAUUUGUUAUGGCUCUUUUAUGGUAUAUGUAUUUUUUUUUUUUAAAUUAAUUACUCAUUACUGCCUUUAAAUGGUGUUAGAUAUACAGAGGCUUUAAGUCAUGCUAAACUUAUGAAUAGCAUGAACUAGGCAUGUAACUGUAUGUUAUUAGUUAUACACCCCUCUAAAGUGGAUGUCUAAAAUAAUUCUCUUAAAAGUGAAUUCACUAGAAAUGCAAGAUAAAUUACAGCCCCUCUUAGCCAGUACAAAAUAAUGUAAAAAAAUGGACUCAUGGACACUGAAUUAGUGAUAAUUGUUUAAUUUCUUAAAUUCAUAUAUAUAUAUAUUUAAUGGUGCAAAGUGAAGAUAAAAUAUGGGUUUCUCUGUUUUCUUUCUGUUUAUCAGUAGCAAACUUUUCUGUAGAGUUAUAUUUCAAUACACUUUAAAUUGUCAUAGAGGACCACUUUCAUUAUAAUGUAUCUAAGAUGCAUGUGAUAUAUUAUUAUAAUUGUAAAAAUUUGGUCUAUUUGCUUUUGUAUUACAGCCUAGGUUAUGUGUGUGUGAAACUACAUUAGUUUAUAUUCGUUACUAUUUUGCUGAAUAUAUUGUUUAACAUGUAGUUAUCAUUAUAAAAGAUCUAGGUAUCUCCGAUACAAUAAAUGUAACAUCUUUCUUAGUAUAUUUGUAUUACACCUGAUAUAGAAUUGUCUUGCCAUGUGUAAUUUAGAUAGAAUGUGUGUGCAUGUGUGUAUUUGAAUUACUGUAGUUAGGACAUUCUUGUGCAAAUUAUAUACAGCCUAUGUCUGUGCCUGUCUGAAUGUGUCUGAUAGUAUGCCUUAUAUAGAAUGUGUUUGUAGCUUUCUGUAUUACAGUAUACAUUGUAUGAAUGUGUGUAUAGAGUCAGGCUACAGAGCACACAUCUCUAUGUGUAUAUGUAUUAUAGUAUAUGUGAUGGACUGUGGGUAUCUAUAUUAUAGUUUUUUUAAUAGUUUAUAUAACAUCAAUGUUUCUGUGAGUAUCUGUGUUAUAUAGCAUUUUGUGGUGGAAAUAGCCUCAUAUUAGUGUGGUGUACGAAGGCACUUGCCUAAUGGUAAAUCUGGCCCUGGGUGUGUACCUGUCUUCCAGUGAAAGCUUACACUGAGCAAUUUCCUUAUAUUUAUUAUAAUUGUAUCAUACUCUUGCAUGUAGAAAUUAUUAGCAGAACAAAACCGUUGUAUAAAACUAUUUUACUAUCAAAAGGGUACAUGCAAUAAGCAAUUAAUUAUCUCCUGUUCUGGCUGAUUCAAUAGGUUUAUCUCAUAACCUUUGCAUAUACCCUCACAGUCAUGGAUUGACAGUCGUGCAAACAUGUCCACAUCUGGCUGUUGUAUUUACUUGCACGCAAGCACACCACACAUAUGCACACACAUUUAAUGUUGAGCAUUUCAUAACUGGGAUGUAAGCAUCACCUAAUAGCUAGGUUGUGCUUUAAGUAAUAAAAAAUUUAGUCUGUUUAUAUUUUCAUUUGCGCAUCCAAUACGUGCAAUGUUUCGUAAACAUGGGCGUAUGCAUGUGUACAGCACAAUGAAAAGAAUACACAAGCAUAUGUCGUAUGGCAUUUCUGUGCAGCUGUCUGAGAGUGCAAAAGCACACCCAUAACAUCAUGGGGCAUUGACAUGACACUGGACACAGAUGUCCUUCAGAGGUAAGUGGGGUUCUCAGUUACUUCUGUUUUGUUUUAAUCACCCCACUUCAAUAACCUAUAAGGUAAGAGGUAAGGUAAGAGCAUAAGGGACUACUGUCCAGGUAAGUGACAUUAUGACAAACAAUUAAAAAACUACAAUUACAAAUACGGCCAUUGAAUGACCUGUAAUGUAACAGGCUGAAAUUAUUGACAGAACAGCCAUUUGAAAGACUUGAAAAACUGUAUAUAAAAACACAGAGCUCCAAGCCUCCACAACAUCUUCUCCCAUCUCACCAAUUUGCUGUUUUCCAAAAUCAUUUUUUCACUUGGACUUAAAUGUUUGAGUCACCACAUCUGCCUCAUCACCUAUUAUUCCGAUUACUGGUUUCUAUUCAUUUUCGUUUCCUAUAUCCAAAAGCCUUAAUCAGGUUCCUCCUUUAUAUUUUAAUAUCUUUAAGAUAUUAUACCUGAAAUCCUUUCGUCUGUAUAUCUUAUCUCCAUCUAACAUGGUUCUCUUUUUACUUUGCAACCAUUUUAAUAUUCUCAGGUACCCUAUCUCUAAACGUGUAGCUUACUGGCUGUCAUGCCUGACACAGCAAAUAUGUAUCACACAUUACAUAUGGAUUGCGCUAGAGGGAUUGUGAUGCUGACAGCUUCAUUGCUUUGACCUUUGAACUGGAGACAUUGAUCAGGCAUCAUUAGCGGUGACUAAUUAUCAUGAAGAUAUUUUCUUGUUUUGUGGGGGUGUUUGGCAGGCUCGUUACAUAGUGAAAUAAAAUUAUUCUAUUAGGUUUUUGCUGAUAUGGAAAUUAUUUCUAAAUCCAUGGUCUGAGUUCUUUACUUGCCAUUGUGACUGGAAAGUGUUUGAAAGUCUUCCUAUUCCAGGUAUCUCCUAGGUAUGAAAUUGACCAAACUUAGGAGAAGUUGAUAAAAUGUAAUGCAUUGGUCUAGGUUGUAUUCAAAUACAUUUAAAACAGUGUCUUUCAAAUGUGCAUUUUAAAUGUCUCCAAUAAAGAGUGGACAUAUGUCCACUGGAAAAAAAUAUAUUGUUACAACUACUUACACUAAGGUAAGAUCAAGUUUAAGGAGAUUUACGGUUGGGGUAGAUGGAUAUUAGGGGUUAUGGGAUAGAUGGGUUAGGGGGAUAUUUAAGGUUGGAGUAACAGUUGAUUGGGGUUAAGAUGGACUUAGCUGAAGUUGCUGCCAUUGGUACCUCCCAUGAUCCUCAGUCAGACUCAGUGACCCCCUAACACUUACAGGAUUAUUCACUAAUGUGCGAAUCGUGAGGAAUUUAAAGAUAAUUCAAAAUUUUAGGUCAAAAUAGGCAAACUGAAAAUAUAUCUGACCUUUAAGAUUUUUUUUUUCAAUUUUUGGGCUAAAAGCAUUUUCUUUGAAUGCACUUUGCAUUACUAUAUGCUAAUGAAUGACCUUACCCUAACUCCCUCUUACACUACUUCAUCCCUAAGCCCUCAAACCUAUGCUUACCUUAGUGGCAUCCUAUGUAAUGGUGUGCCAUUAUAGGACUACAGCACCAUUAUCCUAUUCAUCGAUGCCUUUUUAAGUAGACUUUUCAAAGCCAUGUUUUUGAAAAUAAACUGCAUUAUUUAUACCCUGAUUAGAUUAAUAUCCUUAUUACCAAUAUGCAGCAGACUAAUAGGUGCAUCUAUACCAUAUUUCAUGUAUUGAUCUAUUUCAUAACGGUAAUGAUGAAAUUUAUGCAACAUUGAAUGUCUUCAGUAUUUUGGAUAGUUAUUCAUUUGUUCCUGACUUUUCAAUCAGCCUAUACAUUGUUUCCUCAGUAUUUCAGCCACUGAAAGGAAUGGUGAGCCAUCAGUUAUUGUCUGAUCGACUGCUGGCUCAAAUUCAUGACAAUAUCUUUCCCUCCUCUUACAGAAUGAUUGCUUAAAACAGACCUUUAUUUAAGCAAUAUGUGUUCAGUGCCAAGUAAAAUACACAACUGUCUGGCAAUCAAUUCUUGCAGUGUCUCAACGCUUCUUUUUAAUUGAAGAAUCUGUGUAUUUUUUUAUCCAGAUUAAACGCUUUAUUGUAGGCUGAAAUGCCUGAAAAAAAACCCCACAAGUUUUAUAAUGCUGUUUUAAAAAAAGGAAAAUUGUGCAAAAAACAGAGCUCACAUGUAAGAGAACUAAACUGUGCAGAAAAAUCUGGGAAUAUAUUGAGUUUGCUCGUGGGCACUACGGUUUCCUUUACAGCUGCAGUGUUGAGUGGUAAAAUGGUCGGCACAGUUUAAAAUGAUACAUACUUUGUAUGUGAUCAACAUGUUUUCUUUGUUGAAAAGCUUUCUCAAGAUGGUAUUGAUGUAUAAGGAGGCUCUUCAUUUAGUAACUGUCACAUUGAUAUUUCACCACUUAAAUCUGCAACAUAACAGCAGACCACCAAGAACAUAGUUAUAGGAACAAAGGGACUCUUUUUCCAUCAAAUUACAGAGCGACAUUUCAUUUUUUUUUUUUUUUAUAUGCACAUUUAGCCUGAUGAAGGGCUUAAUGGGCCUGGAUCUACAAAUUGUGAUAAGGCUAAUUACCUAGCUUACCACAUUGAAAAACAUGCAACAACCUUGUUAAAAAAAUUAAUAAAAGAAAUAUUUGAAUUUUAAAUUGGGGAAAUGGAAAUUAUAUUAAGGUUUUAAACUAAAUUGUGAGCUGUAAUUAUCUUGAGUAUAAUUAUUUUUACAAUCCACUGUAUUCUGUAGGGCUUUACAGUGCUAUUUUAAAUACAGUAAGUAAAGGACAAACAAGUUAAGACAGAAACCAGAAACAGUAGGUGCAAAGGGUCCCGCUGAACAAUAUUACAAUCUAGAGGAAGUGGUGUAUAAAACCCCAGGGUGAAGAGCAAUGUAUCUAAAAAUGGAAGAGAGAUAGGCAGGUUACAUUUACAUCUAUGAAGCAUAUGUAAAUAUUGAUCGAGUACUGGAGAAAAGUUUGGAGACAGAAGAAAAUUCUAACUUGACAUGAUUUGGAAUCCCACGUGGCCCUUGAGGUGUCUUGUAUUGUCAGUUCUUUUGACUAGGCCUACACAAUCUCUAGUUUCUGUAAGUCAAACUUGACUUGUUGAAUAUUUAUGUACCGGUAUGUCUUCUCCACCCUUGCACAGCACUGCACAGUAUAUUCGCACUUAAUAAAUGAUAACAAACGGUCACUCUUUGUAUAAUCACAAAGUUAAUGGUACAGACAGCCUCUCAGAGCUCAGGCAGCCAAAAUGCUAAGGUUGCCCAAAGUCAAAUCUGUUCAAGUUGUGUGUUCAGGAUGCACUUUAAUGUUUAGUAGCUUUUUCCCUUUUCAUUCAGAGUCCACUGGAAGCCACCACUGAAUAAUGUAAGCAUGAAACUACCAAUGCCUGUGCACCCUCUGGUUGCAGAUGCAUUCAUACUGAUCCUGCGUACCAUUUUGGCAUCAGUUUGAAAAUGGACUGCAUUAUAUGCCUUGAAACCUGCAUCAUUUUCAGGCACCAGUCCGGUCCUCGCCACUACAGUUACUCUAAUUGUUACCUGAGAGUGAGUUUUUGCUUGUGGUGUGCAAUUUUGUUAUUGACUAUUCUGACCUCUGAAAUCACUUAUUUUGGCUCUGUUUUACUGUUCUCUUACUGUUCUCUUGUUUGCUUGCAGACUGUAUUCUAAACUUUCAAACAUUUAGCCCAGCCACCCAAAUGCUGGGCAUAAUGUCUUUCCUGUAAUAUUGGAUGCUCAUAGCCCUGAGGUUUGCAUGUUGGGGGGGGGGAGGUGGGGGUCUAGACUUUACAGGAAUUUAGGAUGUAGGGGGAAUCCCUGCUCAAUAUUAGUGCUCUUCACCCCAAUGCACAUGAGGUAAAGAGCAGGGAUACUCAUCAUGUAACCCGUAACCUAAUUAAUGACACAGGAGGGCCAUGUUUUUUUUGUUUUGUUUUUUUGUUUUUCAAGCAUUGUUGGAACUACUCAUAUUUGUUUGAAUGAGGAGACCAUUUGUGACUUGUUCAUCCUUAUAAGAGGACUCUCAGGAUCCCCAAAUGGUUGAAUUAUUGUUCUACCCUAUUGUUUGAUUCAGUGCUCUAUUUGAUGGUCCUCAGCUCCCAGUUUUAGUUUGAUUUAAUGUAAGAGGCAGCUAUUUCUUCUGAGACUUGAAAUCAUAGCUUGAAAAUAGAUCCGAAUGGUUUGAAAGGGUUACAUCAAGUCCCUUCCCAGAUUCGUUUGUGAAUAAACCAAUGUUUGGUUGUAUGUAUGGUCAAUACUCUGUGGUUGGAUAUGGACAUUAUAAGAAUGAUGAUAUUGACAAAAUUAUACAGCUCUGAUCAUCUAUGUCAUUUCACAUCAAGAUAACACUUUAGUAGCCUUUCUCUUGCAAUAAAUCCUUAAGAAUAUUGUGAAAUAUAUGUUUACUGAAGGAUGGUUAUCAAUUACUAAAUCCAAACAGACACAUAAAAAAAUCACAGGUGGUAAAUAUGGAAACAUAGCUAACAUAAACAGGUAGCAUCUUUAAUGUUCUCAAAAUAACAUCCAUUCAUGCAAAGACCAAUCCUUACAAAAUCCACAUAUUUAUCUGGACUCUAUGUUCUUAACAAUAUUUAUCUAGCUUGGUUCCAUAAAUCCUCAAAAUAUGCUCUGAGGUCAUGAGUAAAAAAACAGAGGAACGGCAAUGUUGGAACAGCUUUGAAGAUUGAAAGUGAGAGAAAGUUUGCGAGUAAAAGUGAGGAAUAAGUUAUAAUCAGAUAAUAAAGGUAAUGAUGCCCAAACAUUUCAUAAGUGGUGGACUAUGUUCUUCAUGAUGCUUAACCAAUCAGUCCAAAUAAUGGGUAUACAAGGGCUAAUAAACAACAGAUUUCUCCCCUAAAGGACUACCUAGCUUCCCCUUUGCUAUUGCACUGGUUUUUUUUUACUUGUAGAGGUAAGAAUAUGUCUGUCAGGAGUUGCGUGGUUAAGGGAGAUGUGACUAAACUCCUCUAAAUCAUGAUGUACUGACAUUUGUGAUGGAAUUCCUCCACCUAGUAUUAUGUCAAAUACAAAGGAUGUACACCAGUCAGUGACUUAAAUCACUAUAUGUAUAAUUAAUGGUGACAUAUGGGACCACUGUUAUAUUACAUGGCCAUAUAAUGGUUUGCGUGACAGUAGUCACGGUUUGGCAGGUUCUCACAUACAUUUUAUUGUUUGUUUGGAAGACUAUUUUACUACACUGUGUUAUGUACAUGAAUCCAAGUUAGCACUGGCCUACAUAUAGCGGUCGCAGUUGCGACCGUGACGGUUAUUCCAGGGGGCCCGGCCGCCCUGCAGACCCCUGCGACCAGGUGCACGCCAUCAUCAUUUGCGGCCACGGCCCACGCGGCAAACUGCCAGGGGGCCGGAUUUUAUGAUGCCCAUCAGGUGGCCCGUGCUGCCAGGGCCACCCAAUGGGAAUGGAUUUCCAGGGGGCGCAUUCAGCGCUGGGUGCUUUAACAGCGUGACCGGGCACCCUGUGAUGAGAGCCCGCGCGGGAGAAAGCAGAGAGAGUCAGAUUAGGAACUUUGACUCCCAUCAACCUGAGCCACCACUGGACCCCAGGGAAAGUCACCUGUGUUUGUAUGUAUGUAUGUGUCUGUGUCUUUCUGUCUGUAUGUAUAUGUGCCUGUCUGUUAGUAUGUGUGUAUGUGUCUGUCUGUAUGUGUCUGUCUAUCUGUAUGUAUGUGUGCCUGUCUGUUUGUAUGUAUGUGUCUUUGUAUGUAUGUGUGCCUUGUGUGUGUCUGUAUUUAUGUGUGUGUGUGUGUCUGUCUGUCUGUAUGUGUGUGUCUGUAUGUGUGUCUGUCUGUAUGUAUGUGUCUGUGUCUUUCUGUCUGUAUGCAUGUGUGCCUGUCUGUUUUUAUGUAUGUGUGUGUCUUUGUAUGUAUGUUUGUCGUGUGUCUGUAUGUAUGUAUGUGUGUGUGUAUGUCUGUGUGCCUGUCUGUUUGUAUGUAUGUGUCGUGUGUGAAUGUAUGUGUCUGUAUGUAACUGUCUGUGUCUGUAUGUAUGUGUGUGUGUGUGUGUCUGUCGGGGGGAGGAGUUAGAGGGGGAGAGGGAGGGAGGGGGUGACCCCAUGGACCAGUUUCGCACCGGGGCCCCAAAGGUUGUGUGUACGGCACUGCAAGUUAGCAUUAUUUAUUCAACACAUCUUAAGGCUGUUCCACUACAUUUACAUCAGCACUUGAACCAGAUUCUUGGUAAAACUAUAUAAGCAACACAAUUAGUUUAUAACUUGCCAGAAAGUGGGUACUUAACCAUAGUCGAAAGUAUUGCACACACGCAAUGGUGAAAUACAUUUAAAAAAAUUUAAUUUGUUAAUAUGUGUAUCAUUCCUGCCAAUGUUAUUUUGGGCAUUUUGGUUAUUUCAACUGGCUGACUUUCAAUGUCCAUCAGAUUAAUGAGGAAUUACAGUGAAAAGUGCUGAUAAUACCACUAUCCAAAUUAUCUCCAGUUUGAUACAAAUUAUCAUGGAACUGGGAAUGAAUAACACACCGUCUGCUUUUCAAUCACGAAAAGACUUGAAAAAUUUAUAAAAGACACCAACUGGAGGUUUCUGUUAUCUUACUCACUACUCUACAAGCAAAAAGCAUACAUUCCAAGUGUUCCUAUUUAGGAAGGACAGUCCCUAUUUUGGGCCUAAAUCCCCCUGUCUCUAUUCUAUCCUAAUGUCAAUCUUUUCUAUGAGCUCCACAUUGUUGGUGUGUCUGAGUGUAUAACAGGGCUCCAAAGCAAUAAUACUCUGAGUCUUUAAACUACAAUACAUUUGUUUAGCAAUUAGUCUGUAUAAAUAAGAUACAUUGUUCUUGCCAUAAAUUAUAUUUUAGUUGCUUAAAGUGUUAUUCAUAAGUCACAUACAAUUUCUCUGGGCUGCCCUUGUCCACCCCAACACGUCGAAAUGAAAGUGUCCAUUUGAAGGAGGUAUAAAAAAAGAAGUGAAAUUAUGAGUUUUAUUAGUUUUUAAUAGCCAAUUAGUUUCAUUCAUUUUUUUUUUUUUUAAAGAACUAAGCUGCAAAUAUGUAUAGCAGCUGUACAGUAUGUCUCCUGGAUAACUCUGAUAUUGUCUGUACAAGUUAAGGAUUAUUAUUGCAUGCUGAUGCUGCAAGUGUGCCUGUCUUACAGCACCGUGUAUGGUCAAGGGAAAGCAAUGCUUCCCCCUGUGACAUUUCAGUGGGGGCUGAAUGAGCAUGUAGCUGCAGCAAUAUUAGAAAAUCAUUGCAGAUAAAAAGAGACAGAAGCAGGGUUCUCCUGAUUCUUGGAUAAUUAUAGUGCUUGUGAUGUCCUAUUAAAUAGUCACUUGAACAUUUUCAGAACAUUUUCGUAUGUUUUUAUUAAGAUUUUGCACAUGUUAAACAUAGACAAAUAUCAAUAAAGAGCAUCUGUGCAACAUAUGAGUAUCUAGAAAUGUAUAUAUACGCACUUCAAAAUAACAGAUGCUGCUUAAUAGUAAUUACAUAGAUUCCUAAUGCCAGAACCAUAAUAGCAAACAUCAAGACUACUUUUAAUUUUUUUCUAUUUGAAAGUAACCAAGCUAUAUAUAAAGAAACAAUGAGUCUGGUGGCAGUCUAUCCGCAAGUACCUUGGGUGUCAUCACCAAGGUCCCCUUUUUCCUUAGUGAUUAGCUCUGGGAGUGAUUAUAGCCUAUUUCCAAACAUUAGUCGAGGCUUAAUGUCAUGGUGAAAUCCGAUUGGUUUAUUGUCAGGAAUGUUGCCUUUUUAUACCUGGGUUCCCAACAGGGGGACACCAGAAGAACAUUAGGGAUUCCAUAAUACCUGGCACCUAGGUGUCUGUAGCUUACCAGUUACUUUUAUUAGCGCACAGAGCUACCUUGGAGCCAAAUAACAAUUUUAUACAAUAAACUGGGUUCCCAUGCCGCAUCUCCUAACCAAUGCCAUGCCCAGAAAUCUCUCUCCUGAGUGCCCACUGUGUCCAAAAAGCACUCGUAUCAGAGGUGUGUAGCCUACAGUAAGGAUGCUUGACUGGGCCGCAAGCAUCCUCCAAUCCAGCACAGAGUUCCACAACGCUGAGUGGGAAGUCCCGGUCACCUUCAAUUGUGGCGCUUGCAGUCUCUUCUUGGUAUGGUUCGAUGCCUCACCACCUACUCUAUCACUCCUCAAAAUAGUGCUCUUUUUGGUGACUCUGGGAUUGAGAGUGCCCUCAACAAAGUUAUACUGGAUCACAGUGGCUCUGUGAUCCAAUUAGGAGUUCCAGAGUGUUUACGGGUUGCAUUCGGUCAGGUUCACCGUGGCUCUGUGAAUUCUGCCACAGCCGAUGCUGUCUCCUGGGUCGCUGGGAAGCCCUUCUGGAGGGGCAAACGUAGGUGAUUAUAUUACGGGCAAUUAUAUUACUUUUAGAGGGAGGUGGUGGUUGGGGUGUGCAAGUCCUAGGUGACUAGGUGAUCUGUCACAAGUCUGAACUGUGUGAAUAGAAUAUCCACAGGCAUAGGGCUGUGAAAGAAUACUCUGGCUCAUGCACUGGCUCAUGCACUUCAUCUCAAAAUCUAAACCACUUAAAUGUUUUCCUAUUUUAUAACAGCUAUGAGCGUCUCCUGUUUGUUUUGCAGAUAAUUGUGCCUCUUGUCUAUGUUAUAUACAAAUAUUAAUAUUUCUGUUGCAAUAACACAAAUAGCAACGGGAAGACAUUUGGCUUCAGUAAAUGUUUGCCUUAUUUUGCAAUGUCUACUAGAACUGAGAAAUAAAUGCUUAAAGGAACACUUUAGUGUUAGAAAUACAAAGAUUUAUUCCUAACACUAUAGUGUCCCUCUGCCAAAUUACAAUUUAAAGUGAUGAUAAGCCACUAUUGACUCUCAACUGGGUGGUUAGCAGAGUAGAAAAUAUAUUCUUUAAAUAGGGGGUCACUCCUAGCACCAUAACCACUAUAGUUCAAUAUAGUGAUUGUGUUGCAUUGAGUUUUUGUGUACGGUUUCCCAGUUUCUGUUAAAAAAAACUUGUGAAGGGAAAUAUGGUGGUUUCUUUCCUUCAAUGACCAGGCACUUUGCUGUGACUUGGCUAAUGCAGAAGUAAACAUUUUGACUUGUUUCUCUCAACUGAUUGGUUGAGAGCCCAGGGCUAGUGCUUUUAGUGUACCAAUAAGUAGCUGUUUCGUAUUUGGUUGGAAUUAUGGCUGAUUUCGGAUUUAGUAACAAGAUUAGUGACUCUUGACUCCAUGUUAAAGAGACACUCUGGGCUCCAAAAGAACCAGCGUGCAUCUCAUAGCUCUUGAACUAAAUAUUUAGCCGUAUGUCUUCACAUGCUCAGUUUUGCAUAGUAGUUGAAAAAAAAUGCUUCAAAGCAUUCUACAUUUUAGUCACCCCAUCUAUAUGUUCUAAAAUAAAUCCUACUUGCUGGUUACUGCACUUCAGUAUAUGAUAUCACCGUUAGGUCACCGACAGUAACCAGUGCUGAAACACUGGCAUCAUUGUAGAAAGCAAAUACCUUUGUGUCCUCUUGUCACUUGUCCGUGCCUAUAAUAUUAUUUCACACUGGCUGCAGUGAAAGAUAUGUUGGCUAUUACAGUUAUUUAUUCUGGGUAUGUUUUUGUUAAUGAGUCUUUUUUUUUUUUAAUAAAUACCUUUGCUCCAUUAGCUCAUGUUUUCUGUUCCUUUUUCUUAAUCUGUGUUUCUCUUUUUACCCCAGUCACAUAGCCAUUGCUGUACAUGUCAUCAGGUAGCACAGCAGGGAUAUCUGGAGAUUUUAACAUCACUGCUUAAAUAUGUAAAACGCUCACAUGUGAACUAAACUUCAUGGAACCCCACUGCUCUGCCCAUAACAUUCUGUGAUUUAUGUGAUAAAGUCAGAACUUAAUGUUGCAUCCUAAUUGGCUGUUCUCUUUCUGGUCAUGGUAGUUGUGAUAAAAAUGUAUAUGUUACUGGGGGACUUAUUAAAGAGGUGGUGUAACUUCCCAGGAUUGGUAUUAUGUUUACUUAUCCCCUACAUUUCAGAAAGAUAUAUAUGUGUAGGAGUCUGAAAAUAAAAUAAAAAAUAUUAUUUGAUACUGCUCUAUCCUGGGAAUGAGUUCCAUCUUAGCUCCUUGUCAAUCAAGACAUGCGCAUAGUCGUCGGCAUCUUAAUAACAUAACCCUUAUAAAAAACCCUAUUCCCAUAAAACACAGACACCCUGAAGUUGGGUUAAAUUUAUCACAGCUUUAUUUAAAAUAUUUAAACUUGUAUUUAAUAAUUAAAGGUCAUUGUCAACAACACAUAACACAUUAAUAAUUACAUAAAGGUCAUUGUUAAUGAAAUCACAGCACCAUAACUUUAACCCCAGACAAUGACCCUGCCAUAAAUAACAUCAAUACAUCCAUAUAAACAUAUAACAUUAAUAUAACACAAACAGUUAACGCAGCCACCAAGGGCAUCCAUUUCCACUUGUAGGGUAUUCCAAGAUACCCCUACACACCCAGGUUACGAGCUACCGAGGAGCUGGAACCUACCAAAACCAAAUCAAACAUCCUAUUGCUCCUGAAUUUAAAAUAUAUCCCACCUAUUCAGCCCACCUACCCCCCAAUUUCUCUCUCCAAACCCCGGCCGCCGUGACCAAACAGGGGAAGAACUAACCCACAAUAUACAGCCAAAACAAAUUAGGGAGGGAGGAUGGGCCAGAUACCGGUAGGUGAAAAUUUUCAAUUAGAAUGGUUUAUCACCUAAAAUGGCUGCUAUAUAUAUAUCACCUCAAAGCCCCGCCCCCUUGACUAGGUGACAAGACUCAAAUUUUGUAGCACUUGGUGUGUCCUCUACCGUAACACUGGACUCCAAGAAAGAAAUUAAUUAUGCAGCAUCCCUCAUAUAGAGCUCUGCAGCCUGGGAAACCACAUUUUUAGCAUACGGUACCUCCAAGUAUUCUCUAAAGGAUUAUCUAACUAAUCUGACAGAAUGCAGUGAUAUUCAUUACAUCUAUCUAUCUCUCUACCUACCUAUCUAUCUAUCUAUAUAUUUGUGAUUGAAUAUAUGAUUAAAUUGCAUGUACAUAUUCAUGGAUGGGAGGGGGCCAGUGCUCUGCAUGUCUCCUUUGGAUGCAACAUAGCACACAAUAUAUUUUGAUUGAACGAAUAACAAGCUUCUCAGUGUGAUACACGUGGAAAAUUACUGGGUAUCCAGUUAUCUCCCCUGUUUUUACUCCAAACUGCAUGUUUUAUGCUCUACGGUUCUGUGGAAAGAGAUCGUCAGAGUAUAGUCUGUAUACAAUUUAAGUUUGUUUAUAUCUAUACAUUUUUAUACAUAUAUGCAGAAAGAUUUAUAAAUGUAUGUGUCAUGUCUAUAAACAUCUAUCCUUUUCAUUUAUUUGCAUCAAAGACCCCUUUAGUUAACGGGAAAUAUUGACAUUUACUGAGGCUUUACAACAGAAAGUGGAUCAAGUAAGCUUAGGGUUCAUGUUAAGGGUUAGAACACAUGCCAGCCUUUCCUGAGAUCCAGAUGUGACAAAAGUUCUUUCCUUAUAGAUGGCUAUCCUGAAGAAAAGGUACAACACCUCCUAAUGUGUCUUCCACUUUCCUACGUCUGGUAGAACACUGAGGGAGCAGUAUUGUUGUAAGGUAGGCAAGCCAAUCGUACCCACUAGCAUAUGAAGAGCAGGGGGCCAUCAUGCUUUACGAAAUAUAUUUGAAAAAGGGGGGUGGAGACACAUAUAAAAUAGCAUGUGGAGAAGGGCGGCAGAGUAGAAAAUUGGAGCAGUAUAUAUUAAAUGGAGGGACUGUAAUCAUAACAGUUGCCGUUACCAGAUGAUAAUGUGAAAAUCCAUGGUAUGAACCCGUAUGUGUUACUGUGUGAAAAAGAUGAGAAAUAUAUUAAUGGAGGGUUUCUUCCUUCGUUACUUAGCGAUUAAUAGAAUAAUAUUUCAGAGAAGAGGGCAAAGAAAUUCAACGGAGAAAAGAAACUGAAGCAUAUAAGCAUACUUGCUGUUUAAAAAUGUCUGUGCUUUUGAAUUUUUUUUUUAUUAAGAAUAGUUACUAUUGUGAUUUUUUUUUGGUGUGGAUGUAUUAACUACAUAUUUAUAUAUGUUUAACCUGUGAGGUCAGGUUGCUUACAAAUGUUAUAUGUAGGUGUAAACAAUGUUUAAAAAAAAAAUAAAAAAAAAAAUAGUAAAAUAAAACGAUCAAAAAUGAAUAAACUCAAAGUUACCUCAUAGUGAACACCAACAUAGAAGAUAUUGAAUUGUUACUUUGGCACAGGGCUAUUUAAUGUUUUAUAUUUGCCUUUACAAACCAUGUGUUUGAAGCAUGCUAUCUAAGAGGGUAUUGGGUUUUCUUUGUCAAAGGCUCUCCCCUCUUUUGGCAUUGCUCUUCCAAUGGUAAUUUGGUUGCAACCUAUCUGCACUCAUGUUGCACUUAUUAAAAACCAUGUUUAAUGCUGAGUUUGAAAUAUCCUCAAAAGUUAAAGGAUUCCAGAAUGUCAUUAGGAACAUUUUGUGUAUAACACGGUCUACAGAAAUUCCUUGUAUUGAAAUUGAAUUCAUUUGUAUAUAGUAAUCAUUCAUAUCCCUUUGCAGGCGCCUCUGUUACCGUAUAAACACACCCAAUUUGGAAAGCCUGGCUUCAAAACGGAGAACUUCCAUUCCUGUAAUAGUUUGUUUUGCCAAUCUCUAAACCAAACUGGAACUUUCUCCAUUUAUAGCAAGUUUAGUGACCCCCUAUAUUUCUCUCUUUAACCAGUUUUCCUCCAAGUAUAACAUCGUUCUCUGGCCUAGGUCUAUACAUGUAAUUCACAAAGUGAACUUUUAUUCUAAGUAGAUCCGAUAUACUGCCCCAAACUGUAUUAUAUUGUGUCUUUCUCUCCCAAAGAAAAGUACAUUCACAUGACUUAUUACUCAUAAAACCCCUCUUAUGACACUUUUGGAUAAAACAAGUUCAUUGUUUUGUAGAACUGCAGUUUAAUCUAUUUGUGUGUUAUGUGAGUCACUUUGAAUAUGGGCUAUUUUUUAUUCUUUCUGGUUAAGAGGGACAAUGUACCAAGUCUCACGGUACCUAAUGCUGCAGUAUUUACCCAGUAUUUACCAACAGGUUUACUCCAAUUAUAUGUAUCUUUAGAAUUAAUAAAACAAGGUCUUUAUUUCCACUGGUAGACGCUGCCCCACUCUCUUCCUUCUCUUUAAGGUAAUUUCUAUCAAAUUUGAGCAGGUUAUUGUGGACAAUUUCCAAAGGAACUCCAGAUUUGAGUCUAACUGAAUCUAAACGUUUUAAUGAUGCUGAACCUGUGGCAAGGUGGUACUCCAUAUCUGCCUAUACGGUGGGCAUCAAGUCAAAAGGCCCAAGGAAAUGCCGCAUAAUGUUCAAUGCAUCAAGACAUCUCAUAUGGAAAUCUGUCACAUCUAAGGUUCAAAACAGCACAACUUUGAGAUAUUGUACUUGCAGAGAGUGAAAGGGGUAAAGAGUGUAUGUUAAAAGAGGAAUAACCAAAGGAAAGAAAGAAGAAAAGGUAGAGCUGAUAUAGAAGGGAAACAGGGAGAACUAAGAUGGAAGGAGUGAGGGCAGAUGUAGUAAGGGUAAAUCAUAUGGAUGGAACAACAUUGAGGUUUUGAUGGAGGGCAAUGAUGCAGGUAGUGUUAUUUUGUCAUGAAUGGGUAAGUUAAAUGAGGAAUGAGAAAAACAACAAAUUGUUAAAGGGAUUUAAUUGAGUAAAAGGUAAGCAAAAAUAGCCUGGCAACUUUCAGAUCUGUGACUCGAUUUGUGGAAAAAAUAGGCUCAACCUUACAAUGGCUUUCUAUCACAUAUGUUUUUUCAGUAACCCCCCUGGACUCAGCUUAGCUCAGUCUCGUGGUAGGCCUAGCAAAAACUGAAAAUCUGUCUCAGUAAGAUGAAUGUUCUUGUUUUAGGUAUGUAUGUGCAUUACAUUUAUAUAGUGCUGAGUUCUAACAUACCUAAACUAGGCCUCUAUAGGUUACAUUGUGUAAGGUGAAGUAAGGACACUGAUUACAAAUCCGUUAUAAAAGAUGUAGAAUACUUAAGUCUCAGGUUAUCAUAAGUGAGGGUGUCCCUGCCCCUUACAUCUUUUUUUAUCAGUUCUCAGUGGUAACAGGAUUAUUAUCAUUGACACACGAUAUUUUUCAAGUCUUUUAGAGUUGAUACGUGACUGGGUAAACAUUGGUGGAAUAAACUCUCAUGUUAACUCUUUUAACUUGAGACUGGUGUUUUGUAUCUAUCAUAUUAUUCUACAGUACACAUGUUCAUUAAAGGAGCACUAAUGUGUUUGGAACACAAAACAUAUUCCUUACACUAGUGUCCCUCUGCUUCCAGUGCCACACCCUCCACCGCCGACCCAUCCCCGCACAGUUCUUACCUGAUUUCAGUGUCGAAGUCCCUUGGCACUGGAUUGGGCUCCUAAUCUGGGAGCCAAAUGCACAUGAGCGACAAGAGCCACGUGCAAAUCAAUGCUUUCCUUUGGGUUUUUUUUUUUUUAAUUCUUUAUUUUGUAAUGCAAAAUAUUUUCACACAAGCAUGUGCUGCCAGUUCAGAAUUAUCAAGCUUUGAUUCAGUAUAUCUGGUGUGGCAUUAGCAUGCAACAGAGAAACAUUGCACAUCUUUUCAGUAAGGAAUAACAGGAACAGUAAACUAUUUGGUUAGUCACAUCUACAUAGUGGAAUUGGCCAAGUGGGGCCGAAAUGCUCUUGUCAAGUGCGAGAAUUCAUGGGCUGGGAUUGUUGUUGUUCUGUUGUAUGCGACUAUGUAGUCUGUGUAAUAGAAUUUAGACUCUACUAAGUAACAAGCUAGUUGUAGAAGAGCGAAUGCUGGGCAGGCAGGGUGGUUCUUAGGCACUAUGGUGUCCUGUAACAGCUGUAUGUCUGGCUGGUAGUCUGCUCUCAUGAGGGCAUUGAUCUUGUUUAGAGUGUCUAUGGUCGUGUUGAGUCAUGCUGUGUAUUUUGUAAGCCGGGAGCAUAGACAUUGCAUUUGUGUCAGGUGUAACGGGUCUGUGGGCAAUGCUGGCGUUGGGAAUGCCCUGCUCUGCCUCUGCAUUGAGGGUGAGAACCCCUAACCAAGAGGGUUGCGAGGGGAAGGGGGUGUGAGAGCUAGGCACCUGUCUGGGUGUCCUCAUUUUGGCCUUUGCGGUUUUUAAAAACGCUGGAUGUCCUCAUGGAGUUAAACUCUUUGUAAAUGCAGGAAGUGCCAACAGCCACUAGAGACAGUCUUAACAUUGCAAUGUACUCAGGGAAGAGAAACACUGUUAAGGGAACAGGAGAACUGCAAUAAGAUGAAGCGAGAGUUCUGAGUGCCUGUGGUGUCCCUUUAAGAGCCAAAAGGUCUUAAAACUGGAAGUUAGUGUCUGAAGAUUCCUGUCUUGCCUUCAGAGGCAGUAGACUGGUGUGGGGCUGUGACAGCUCUGUAAUUUUUGCAGUACAUAAUUACUUCAUCAUUAAGUUACAGCUUAGAGAUUUGUCCUUUAAGUAUUGCAAGUAGUAGCUUAACAUAAUAGUACUUUUUUAUGUCCUUCCAAGCAUGCAAAGCAUAUUUAACUUCUGCUCUCAUGCUGGGACCCCUCUAGGAAGUUUUUUUUUAAAUGAAUAAUCCAAAAACAAAUAGUUAAAAGAAUAAGAUUGUAUAUGCCAUUUGCAUACUAUGGUUAUACAGACAGAAUAAUUUAAUUGUCCAACUAAAAAAAAGGACCUCCAAGGUAGGAUUUUCAGAAACCUUACCUGUGCCGAACGCUACAGUCGAAAGGCAACUUCUACCUCCACUGCAGCCCCUAGUCCCACUGCAGCUUUUACUUUCCACUGCAGCCUCUAUCCCCUACUACAGUCACUACCCUUCAAAUGUAGCUCCUAUCCCCCAAUAAAGUCCUGACCCCCAAAUCAAGCCCCUAGCCCCCAAUUACAGCCUAUAACCCCCACUACAGUCUCUAGCCUCCCUACUACAGCCCCUUAUAAUCAAACAGUAGCCCCUAACCCCUACUAAUCCCUGCUCCCCAAAUGUAGCCACUGUCCCCCUACUACUGCCCCUACCACCCACUUCCCCACUACAGCCUCUACUCCCUCACUACAACCCCUACCCCAACUGUAUGUGCUAUCCCCACAAUAGUCACUACCCUCCAAAUGUACCUCCUCUCCCACACUACAGUCACUACUCCCCAAAUGCAGCCCUUAUCGUCCCACUACAGUCAAUUUCAAUCUAUAUCCCCACUAAAACACUGCAGCCACUAUCCCGACACUACAGCUCCUACACCCACUACAGUCCCUACCCCCACUACAGCCCUACCUAUCUUACAGCCCCUACCACCCCACAGCCUCCCUUGUGCAGUGCUUAUCCCCUACUAGAGCCGCUAACACCCCUUUUACACCCCAUAUCUCUUAAUACAGCCCCUAUUUCAUUACUAAAGAGCCUACCCCCACAACAGUCCAUAUACUCCUCACUAUAGCCUCAUCUCCAUCCAAUUGCAGCCCAUAUCUCUCACACCACAACCUCUUUCCCAAAUCGCAGCCAUCCCCUUCAGCAAUUAACCCCCCUACUACAGCCUCUAUCCCCUCACUACAUUUCCUAACCGCUCAAUUACAGCCAGAUGUGGUUAGGUGUGUUAUGUUUGUGAAGGGGAAGAAUAAUCGAUAUAGCCACGCCCAUUCAAGAACGCAAAAAAUAUUCUUGCACCCAGGUGUCAGAGACCCUAGGAUCGGCCCUGAUAUCAUACACUAUGCAAUAUGACGUAAUAGGCAUAAUGGAAACAUGGUGGGAUGAAAGACAUGACUGGGCAGUUAACGUACAUGGUUACUGUCACAGGUUCUCUAGUCUAUUGUCGUUAUUCCUUUAAUCCUUCAAUCAAUCUGAGCUUUAUUGGCCACUGUCAUACCUCCACGCGGCACACGCCGCUCCGGUCCCGCCGUCCGCUCUGCUCCUCCUGGCUCUGACAGCUUCCGACACAGCGCACGUGCGCACCCGGGUGCGCGCGACCAUGGACGCGCGGCAUGCACAUGCGGCACCCUUUUAUAAUCUCUCCUAUUCUCUUCCCUAGCCUAUCAGAUCUCUCUUAGCCAUAUUUAUACCUCCCUCCUACAUCAUUUCCUUGCCCUGUCGUGGUCUAUUGUAGCCCUAGAGUGCAUUCUUUAUACUUGUGUGUUUCCUGGUAUCUGACUUCGGCUUGUCUCUGGUUAUCCGUAAUUUCUGGCUUCCUUGACCAUUGGCUUUGUUUCUCGUUUAUUCUUCCUUCUCCUGCCCUGACCUCGGCUCGUCUGAUUAUUCUGUUACUCUCCUUACUUUUCUUCACGUUAAGUCCGGCCUCUUUAAGGACCGGUAAUACGUCUAGCUUGGGUUGUCUGGUAGUCCUAUAGUUAGCGUGUUGGGGAACCUAAACUUGACAGCCACACUCUGCUUUUUAUGAAGUGCCCCUAGCAUGGGGUUUCCAAGACAAAAUCACAGGGGUUUCCUUCCCACAGGCCUUUGAGUUUGAGAGAAAACAAAAGAAAAGAUUGUGGGGUGUGCUUGUAUGUCAACUAUGAAUCAAUGCCAAAUAUUAAACAAGUGGAAUGUAACAAGGAAAAUGUAGAAGCUGUAUGGGUAGUUAUCUGCUUGGUUACAAAAGCAGGGCUGUAUUUACCAUGAGGCAAACAAGGUAUUUGCCUAGGGCGGCACUUUCAAGGGGGCAGCAAAAGACGAUGCCUUAAGUGCCUAGACAAAUCCCGUGUUUGCCUCAUCUUUGGUGGUCCAAGAGGUGGCCAGCUGGCCACCUUAGGGCCCCCCAAUGCAUUCAGAUACUCAGCGCGUUGGCGGGUGGGGAGGGAGCGGAGUCCUCUGAGCUCUUCCUGCUCCCCCCGUGCCCUUCUAUGAUGCUGGGAUCCAGAAUAUGACAUCACUCCAGCCCCAGCGGAACAGAACAGGAAUAGUUUCCUCGCCGCCUUCAUUGAGCGCCUGCACAUCUGCCCAGCCAACAGCCCCAGCCAGCUGGCAAGGAGCCUGUCAGCAGCCCUAGCCAGCCCGGCAAGGAGAGUGUCAGCAGCCCCAGUCAGCCCAGCAAGGAGCCUGCAAGCAACCCCAGCCAGCCCAGCAAGGAGCCUGUCAACAGCCCCAGGAUGGAGCCAGCCCAGCAGCAGUCAGGGACAGGAUCCACUUCAGCUCUCCCAAAGGUAGGGAGAUUGGGUUCAAGCAUUGGGUUCAAGCACUAACUAGAAAGGACACCUGUCUGGAUCUGGUUAUAACAAAUAGGUCAAUCUUCUGGCAAACGGACAGCACUUGGGAAAUAGUGAUCACAAUAUAGUGUCUUUUGAAACAAACUCAAAUAAGCAAAUGCACUUGGGUAUACUAAAACAUAUUUUAAAAAGGGCAAUUUCAGCUUUACAACAUAAAAGCUGGUAUAAACACAGAGGAUAAAUGGAAUAUCUUUAAACAAAUAUUACAAAGGUACACUUCUCAGUAUGUACCAUUUGGGCAAUAAAUAUAAAAGAAACAACUUGAAAUUAUUGUGGCUUAGUGGGAAAGUAAACAAAGAAAUUACAAAUAGGAAAGGCACUAAAAGCAUUAAAAUGAGACAAAUCAGAGACAUUCUAUGUAAGAUAUAAGAAAGUCAAUAAUGCAUGUAAAAAGGCAAUUAGAUUGGCUAAACUAGAAAAUGAGAAAGUGAUAGCCAAAGAGAGCAACACCAACCACCAUUUUUGUACAAAUGAAUACAUUAAUUCUGAAAUACUAAAAUAUGAAAGUGUAGGUACACUGAGAACAGGGAUAGUUGUGUUACUUAAUGAAGAUCAGGAAAAGGCAAACAUUUUAAAUACCUAUUUUCCUCAGUAUAUAUUAAGGUAGAUAAGCAAAUGAUUGCUGCAAAAACUUGCAGAAAAUUGUGAUUGGGUACUCUAGCAACUAAAGAAAGUUCAUGUAAACAAAGCUCCGUGGCCUAAUGGUAUUCACAGAUGAGUACUUAGGGAGCUAAGUGUGGAAAUAAGUGAACUUCUGUUUUAAAUCUUUCAGGAUUCUUUUCUAUCAGGAAUUGUACUGGAAGAUUGGAGGAAGGCAAAUUUCCUAUAUUCAAAAAGGAUUCAAAAUCUUUGCCUGGAAAUUAUAGACAUGUGAGCUUAAGUUCUGUCUGGGAAAUUAUGUGAAGGUUUAAUAAGGGAUAAUAAUCAGGAAUUCAUUGGGAAGAAUAUUGUUAUAUAAAAAAAAAAUCAGCAUAAUUUAUGAACAUAGGUCAUGUCAAACUAACUUGCAUUUUACAAAGAAGUAAGUAAAAGUAUAUAUCAGGGUGUUCCAGUGGAUGUGAUCUACUUAGAUUUUACCAAGGUGUCUGAGACGGUUCCAUGUAAUAGGUUAUUGUUCAAAUGAAAAGCAAUUAGUAUACAUGAAAAUUCAUGUUUUUGGGAAGAGCACUGGCUUAAAAAUAAAGUAUAGAGAGCUGUCAGUAAUAGUACAUUUUCAAGCUGGACAAAAGUGGUAAGUGGUGUCCCUCAUGGUUCUGUUCUAUUUAACAUAUUUAUAAAUGAUCUUAAAAUAGGCAUUGAAAGUCAUGUUUCAGUGUUUGCACAUGAACAAACUCUGUAAAGUAAUACAAUGUGAGCAAGAUAUUAUUGUACUGCAUAGGGAUUUAGAGAGAUUGGAAAACUAAGCAUUCCAAUUGCAGAUUAAAUUUAAUAUAGAAAAAUGCAAAGGUAUGCACUUUGGGGUAAAGCAUGCACAAUCAAUUUACACCUGAAACAGGAUUGAAUUAGGUAUAACAACACAUAAGAAGGAUUUGGGAAUUGUUAUAGACAAGAAACUAGACAAAAAUGUGCAAUGUCAAUUAGCAGUUGGUAAGCCUAGUAAGGUAUUGUCAUGUUUAAAAAGUGUCAUUAUUUCUCUGGAUGAAAAUAUAAUUUUCCCUCUUUAUAAAUAUAUGGUAAUACAACACCUUGAAUAUGCUGUGCAAUUAUGGGCACCUGUUCUAAAGAAGGAUAUUAUGGCACUAGAAAAAGUGCAGAGAUGGGCUACAAAAUUAAGGCAUGGAACAUUUUAGUUAUGAAGAAAUACAUUUAAGUCUGUUUAUUUUAUAAAAACGGCACCUCAGAGGGGAUAUCAUAGCAUUAUACAAAUAUAUUUGGGGACAAUACAAAGCAUUGUCUUGAAGUCUAUUCAUAAACAGGAUUAUACAUAGGACACAAGGCCACACAUUUAAACUGGAAGAAAGGAGAUUUCAUCUAAGGCAAAUGAAAGGGUUUUUACAAUAAGAACAAUAUGGAUGUUGAAUUCUCUGCUUGAAGAUGUGGUUUUAUCAGAGUCAGUACAGAUGUAUAAAUAGCAACUGGAUAAAUGCUUGCAGAAACAAAAUAAUCAGGAAUAUAAUUUUUAAUUUGUGGGGUAAUAGCUUAUUUAUCCAAGUAAAGAUCUGACUGCUAUUCUGGGGUCAAGAAUGAAUUUAUUCCUAGUUUGUUGCAAGAUCGCAAAGCAUUUCAAGCUGUGUCUUUUGCCUUCUUUUGGAUAAACUGCAAAAACAGAUGUGAGAAAGGCUGAACUUGAUGGACACAUGUCUCUUUCACACUGUGUAACUAUGUAAGAUAUGUCUAUAUUACCCUAACUUCCCCUCUGUAGCAGAUUUAUAUUUUAGUGUGUUAUAUAGUUGCCUGUAUGACUCUCCACAUGAUUAUGUUUUAUGUAUUGUAUUGAGUGUUCCUUAAGGAAACAUGUAUUCCUAAUGCUAGUGUCCUGCUUGUUGUUUAGGCAGUUGGCCUCACUUGUAAGGAGUUGUAAAAAAGUUGAUUUACUUAUCUUAUCUAGCCUCAACGCAGUGCUCUCUCUGUGCUUGACACACAUGCACAGAUACAGUGGCACACACAUGCACACACUGACACACAUAAACAAGCAUGCACAUACAAAUACACACACUGACGCACACACAUGCACACAUUCACAAACAGCGAACCAUAUGCACACAUAUACAUUUGACUCACCCUGACUUGGAGUCCAGCUCUCCUUUGCCAUUGGCAAGCCCCCUGACUUGCAGGGGCCCUGGUGUGGUAUAACCAGCUGCUCCACUAGUAGUACUACACCUGAGUCAGGUAUCUGCCUGGAACAAAGAAUGUGCAGAGGGAUCUAUUCCUGUGCAGGAGAAAGAGUGUGUGAAGUGGUCACCUGCCUGGGAGGCAUGGUGGAUCCUGUCGCUCCUGGAGGUGAGACAAAAGACCUAGCAGGACAGUUCUUGAUCCCAAGCUGGGGACCAGUCUACCCUGUUUUGUGACAUAUAUUUCAUAAGCAUUGCUGAAUCAAAAAUGAUUUUUAUAUGAAUUGUAAUAUGUAAAACCACAUAGUGUGUGGAGAAAAGUAUCCAUGAGAUGCAGUUGCAUGAAUUGCUCAUAGCAAAUAAAUACCUCUUUAGUUUACGCAUAUAGGGUUGGUGUUCCAGGAGCGAUAAGCCAAAUGGCAAAUGAUUUAGGCGAACUAGAAAAAUGGUCAGAGUUGUGGCAACUGACAUUUAAUGUGGAUAAGUGCAAAAUAAUGCAUCUUGGAUGUAAAAGCCCAAGGGCAGUGUACAGAAUAUUUGAUACCCUACUAACCUCAACAUCUGAGGAAAGGGAUUUAGGGGUGAUUAUUUCUGAUGAUUUAAAGGUAGGCAGACAAUGUAAUAUAGCAGCUGGAAAUGCUAGCAGAAUGCUUGGUUGUAUAGGGAGAGGUAUUAGCAGUAGAAAGGGGGAAGUGCUCAUGCCAUUGUACAGAACACUGGUGAGACCUCACUUGGAGUAUUGUACGCAGUACUGGAGACCGUAUCUUCAGAAGGAUAUUGAUACUUUAGAGAGAGUUCAGAGAAGGGCUACUAAACUGGUUCAUGGAUUGCAGGAUAAAACUUACAAGGAAAGGCUAAAGGAACUUAACAUGUAUAGCUUGGAGGAAAGACGAGACAGGGGGAUAUGAUAGAAACAUUUAAAUACAUAAGAGGAAUCAACACAGUAAAGGAGGAGACUAUAUUUAAAAGAAGAAAAACUACCACAACAAGAGGACAUAGUCUUAAAUUAGAGGGGCAAAGGUUUAAAAUAAUAUCAGGAAGUAUUAUUUUACUGAGAAGGUAGUGGAUGCAUGGAAUAGCCUUCCGGCUGAAGUGGUAGAGGUAACACAGUAAAGGAGUUUAAGCGUGCUUGGGAUAGGCAUAAGGCUAUCCUAACUAUAAGAUAAGGCCAGGGUCUAAUUAAAGUAUUUCGAAAAUUGGGCAACCAAGAUGGGCUGAAUGGUUCUUAUCUGUCGUCAUGUCACAUUCUAUAUUACGUCCUCUCUAUAUAUUGUAAAGAGAGAGCUCUCAUUUAUGGUUACAAAUUGCAAGAAUGAACAAAAUAAAACAUAGCAGUCAGGAAAAAAAACAUGAGGCCUGACAAAGACACUGUUUAGUGUUGAAACAUUGCCAGGUCAUCCACUUGGAUGUUUUGAAUAAAUUCUCUUACUGAAGUAGUGUUGCAGAGUCUUCUGUUUCGCCAUAAUUGAAUAUUGAGGGGAAAUGUCAAUGGUAUAUUGUGUGAAUGCCCUUUCACAUUACUCUAUACACAGUAAUGUGCAAAAGGGAAGAGCAAGAAUAUUAUACAGAGAAAAUAAAAAAAUAAAAUGAAAACAAUGUUUGCUCCCCACACUAUUACUAUAGGCAUUUCACCACAAUCUCAAUGUAAACUGUGAUAGAGGGAAAAAAAAGAGACGGGGAGAGGAGAAGGAAAAAAAGGUAAAAAGAGUGCAAGACAUAAAAAAAAUGGAGAGUGGGGUGUGAUGAUGUGAGUUAGGGGUUCAGUUCUCAAGAGUUUUAGGUUAAAUAUUUCAAGGAUGACUGACUUACUUUGCAUUAUCAUCAUGCUGCACUUGGAGAGCUGUCAUUGUUACUUUAAAAAAAAAAAGUGGUUUUGUUAUUUGGUUUCUGAGUGACACGCAUCAUGUACAUACCUCUCAACAUUCGGAGGUAUGUAAUCGACACAGAUGGGUGGGCCUUCUAGAGGGUGUCACCAGUGAAGCAACUUGUGUCACUGGCUACACUCAUAAUGGGCUGCCCACCCACUAAAGGGUGUGUGUCAGCAUGCUGAUAGACAGCCUCCCAAAGAACUCCCCACAUGUGGGACACCAUCUAGCGUUCUCUGAUUGGUUCUAGUGCCUGCUGCAUAGGUUUGUGCUGCCCGGUGAGAGGACAUCAGAGAGAACUAUGAAAUGGGGACUAUCCCGCUGAAAUACUGUUGGGAGCCCCGCAUCUACUUCCUCCUCUGAAAAUUAUUACUAAUCCAGGUUUAUGAAUGGCUUCUUCGACUUGGCAUUUAGUCAUCAACUGUGGAUCUGACUCACAUAGUUGACAUUUCUUAUGGUGGUUCUCCAGGCUGGAUUUGAGCACUGUUUUAAUGCAUCAUAUAAUUUUAUAUAAAACAUUAAAAUUAAAAUUGCUCACCAUUGUUAUUCCUACAUUCACAGCAAAUGUUCAGUGUAUUUGAUAUGAGCAUGGUCCAGACUAGAAAGUAUCUCAUUGGCCGAACUAUCGCCGGGGCCUGCACACUGAGGUGGCCUAUUAGGUGCCCAUGCACUUGAGGCUCUCGAUGGAUGCAUAGGGACCAUUUAACAGCAUGACUGGGCCCCUGUAGUAUCGGCAGAGCUGGGAGAAAGUGAGAGCCUGUCACUUACUCCAAAUUACAAAGGAAGCUGCAUGGGAAGGAGGGAGAGAAGGAGGCACAGUAAGCAUGGGGGGAGAGAAGCAACGAAAGCUGCUCCAGUCAGUGCCACACUACCAUCAGACUCAGCCAGCAGCAGGACAACACGGAAGCUAUAAAAGGUAUGGUAACAGGAGGGUGGCUGAAAAUAUAAAGAAUUAUGACAUAUGGUUUUAUAGACUCCAUUUUGCUAUGUUUGUUCACUAGCCUCCCAAUGCUGACAGGAGAGGCAGGACGGCAGCGCAGAAAUUGAGAAAAGCUAAGUAAACUACCAGUUUUAUUCCUUACAGGUGGGGGCAGGGGAUCUAAACGGCUACCAGGCUGCUAAUUCCUAACGCUAUAGUGUUAGAUUAAGACCGAAAUAGCAGAACUCGAAUAAUUCUCCCAGUUAGUUAUACUUCCAGUUCAGCUAUGUUGCCCUCAGUCUGAAAUGCACUUUGAAUUUAAAUUAAGUUUUUGACAAUUCCCACUUUACUAGAUAACCCUACUGGAAUAUUUUUCCCUCCCUGUGUUCUGCUACCAAUACUUGAAAAGUAAAAUGUAUCCUUGAUUAAGCCAAAAUGUAUCAACAGUAGUUAGAGGUUGGCUGUCUCUGAAACAUUGGUCCUUAACAAAGGAUGCACUAAAGGUGUUCAUAUUUGUAUGAACAAAGAAACACUGUUGUCUAUUUAUGCAGUGAUGAAGCUGUCAUCCCAGGAAUUGUUAAUGAAAGUCACCUUUGAUGUCCCCAUCAUCCUUUCUUUGUACAAUAUUGUGGACUGUCCCACAUCUGUCUAAAAGCUGCCCCCAUUCUAUCAGUGCUUGGAGCCCCCAUAGGACUUCAUUAAGAGCCGAGCGUGGGACUGAGGGAUAUGCUCUGCAAAGUACUAAUCAGGGGAUCAGAGCAAUGUUCUGCAGAGGAGAGGACUCCGAAGCAAUGCUCUGCAAAAACAAGGACCCUGAUCAAAGCACUGCAUGGAAAUGACUCAAUAAACAAUUGCUGGCACACACCAACAAUUCUGCGGGACUCCAAUAAAUAAAUCGUCUUCAUUGUCCCCUUCAGCUAUUUCCCCCCAGAAAAUUAUUUAUUUUAUUAGAUUUAACCCUUUAAUUGUCAGGAACCCCCGAUCAUCCUUCCAUUAGCCUCAUAUGUACCAGUUCUAUUGCUUGAGGUCUGUGCAGUCAUUUCUUUAUAAAAUCCUAUACCUUUCUCCCUAUGGCUGUGCAGUACGUCUCUUGGAUAUGUUCAGCUCCUAACAUUGCAGAUACUGCUGAACAUCAUCGCUAAAUUCCAGAUUGUAGUUUAUAAUCCUAAUUAUUGUCCUAUUGAAUAAACCUAUUUUUAUAAUCUCUCUGUCACUUUAAUGCAAUGCCUGCAUAUUUACCAGCUGUGCAUUUUAACUGUUUCACUGUAUCACUAUUCCUUUCUAAGAGAAUAAGGACUGCAUUCUAAUCCAUGCCUGAAUCUGAUUUACCAAACCUUCUGAAACUUUUCAUGCCUGACACUCUUUAUCUCUUUAGCUCUUAUUCUCUCUUCUUCUCUUUCUCUCUUGAAUUCUUCUUCCUUUCUCAUUUCACUUUGCCCCACCCUCACUUGCCUAAUUCUGUACACCCCUUGUCCCUGGGUAACUGAUGAAGCAGUUUCUCAAAGUGCUAGGUUAGCAAAGUUACUAAAUUGAAUUCAGUCCCUUCAGUGACUUUAAAGCAAAUGCCGCUUUUACAGGGGACUCAUGGGGGUGGGGGGACAAAUAGACUGGAACUUGUAUUUAAGGCACAAGAUAAGGGAUUAGUUUAAAAAUAUAAUAAUAAUAAUAAUAAUAAUAAUAAUAUAUAUAUAUAUAUAUAUAAACAAAGCAAAAAAUGAGAGCACUCCAUGGAUUUGGUAAAUCAAAUUACUGUAUUCAAAUAGCACAAAAAAAAUCGACGUUUCGACCGUCUAGCGGUCUUUAUCAAGAUGCUGUCAUAUACAAAAACCUCAAAUAUAUACAUAAACGCUUGUUAAACUUACCCAAUCACCAAGUGCUCCCUGUGUGUCCAAUCUGCCAUAUGAGUGAAGCCGCAAAUUGUUAUGUUAAUUGCCGUAAAGUGACGUGUGGUGAAAUCACCAUGUGUUGCCUAGAGACGGCACAGCUGUUUAAAAACCAAAUGUCGGCAGAGAUUUAAAAUCAAUACGGAGGAUAAAUAAAAUUAUAUGUUGCAUAUGUGUUUUCAUAAAUGUCUAAGCAACUGCCUAACUGAUCGUAGGAUACUAGAGUGAGCCAGGAAUGGCUAGAAACGAUUGCUCAUAUAGGGACUCAGUUAGAAAGACUGGUGUAUUGGUAACUGUGGACCUGUGUAGCCUAAUAGAGCUAACUCAAAUACUCCUAACUCCUUAUUAAAUUGGGAACCCUAGCUGGGAAAGCCAUGUGUGUUGCCAAAUCACAAACCUAAACAAUAAGAACAGGCAUCAAUUACAGAAAACAGGCUGGCUUAGCAUAAUGUGAGUUGUCAGUAUAUAACAGAGAGUGUGUGUGAUGUUGACCCUUUAUCUACUGGGGUCCAUUUAUAGUGUAGAGUGAUCAGCAUGUGUGUGAUGAAAUAAAUAAACACAGGGAAUAUUAAAUGGUGAGUGACAAAUCAGUAUGUGUGAAUUCCAAACUAGUAAAAAAUAAAGCAAGAAUGGGAAAAUCCUGUACUAAAUCAAUCUACGGUAUGUAUGUGAGACACUGUAGAAAAAAGUGUGUGUGUGCUACUAAGAUCAUUCUCCGGUGUGUGUGUGAAAUGAUGUAGUAAAAAAUGUGAGUAUACUGCCUGACCUCUAGAAAUGAGACAAUCAAUGAAGAGUGAAAAAGACUGUGCAGCUGAAACAUGCACUAAAAGUGUAAUGAGCCCUCGUGAAUAAUGAGAAUGCACUGUCAGAAAGGUAAGAAUGCAAUAAAAAAAAAAUAUAUAUAUAUAUAUAAAUAAAUAAAUAAAUAAAUAAAAUGAAAUAAAAAAUAUAUACAAAAUACAAUAAAAUAAAAAUAAAUAUCAAAAUAAAUAAAAAACAUAUAAUAAAAAUAAAAAUAACAAAAAAUAAAAAUAAAAAUAGUAAAAAUAAACAAUAAAGAGAAAAUAAACAAUAAAAAAUGUAACAGUGAUCCUACUAACUAUAUGCCAGUGCAGCCUCCAAGAUCGGCAUGCUAGGUAAUGGAAAAGAGAAAAAUUAGGUAAAAGGAGAGAGGGUCCUACUAUAAGAACCUUAUAUCACUGGGUAUUUAUCAAAAAGCCAAAAGUGCCUAGAUGUAUGUACUAUCCCCAAUCACCAAUUGGAAGUCCACAACCCUUUCUUGCAGCUCUGUAUUGUAACUCCCACCGGCAGGAAAUCAGAUGGAAAUAAUUCACAAUGUCCUCUUUAUUAUGGGAUGGUCAUUAAAUCUUGAGUCAAAAUCUCGCAUCCAAGUCAUUUACUGCUCAGCGAUAUCAACGGAUAUCCAAAAAACAACUAAAUGAGUUGUAUUCGUUUAAUCCUUUCGGUUGGACCGUAUCCAGAUGUGUGAUCCAAAAGGUUUCCCUUUGUAAAAGUAACUUUGAUCUGUCGCCUCCGUGGGAUGUGGUCUAUCAUAAUGAACUUAAGCGUGGGUAAAUGGUGUUGGAAAUCUAGGAAGUGUUUUGCCACAGGUUUAUCAGUCUUCCCAUCCCGGUACGCCGUCAUGAUUCCUGAUCUGUGACCACGAAUACGGUCCCUUACUGUAAGGUCUGUUUUACCCACAUAAUAUUUCCCACAUGGGCAUGAAAUGAGGUAUACUACAUGGUCACUCAUGCAGGUUAGUCGAUGUUUGAUCUGGAUUCUUUUGCCUGUGUGGGGAUGUGCAAAGGAAGAGCCUGUCAGCAUGUGUCCACAGGUGACGCAACCUGAACACUUGAAACAGCCUUUCUUGGUAUGCAAUGUUCGUGUAUUAUAUUGGCUCGGUAUAUCUGUUUUUACUAAAAUGUCCUUCAAGUUUCAGUUGCGUGAAUAUGCGACCCUUGGUUUCUGUAAAAAAAACGGAUUAAGUGUUCUGUCGCUGGAUAAGAUGUCCCAUCUCCCUUUAAUCCUGUGGGAAAAUCUCUGGCUCUCCGUGUGGUAUGAUAAAGGGAUCGUAAUUCUGGGCAGAUUUUGAAGUUGUUUAGUAGAUAUGCCCCUGUAUAUAUUUUCUGCUUUUAUUUUACAUUCUUGGAGCACUUUAUAUGUGUAUCCUCGUUCCACAAAGGAUCUGGUCAUGUCCUCUAGUUGAGUUUUACAUGUGCUUUCCUCCGAGUUAUUCCUGUACACUCUUAAGUAUUGCGAAAUAGGUAAAGACUCCUUUAGGGCUUUGGGAUGAGCGCUGUUGGCGUGUAGCAGCGUGUUGCGGUCUGAGGGUUUUCUAAAUAAUCGAUGUCCAAUGUUUCGAUCCUUCCGGAAUAUCUCCACAUCCAAGAAUUGGAUUUUAUCUGGGCUGUACGUCAAAGUAAAUUUAAUGGUGGAGUUUAAAUUGUUCAGUUCUUCAAUCAUCUUCUCCAAUUCUGUUGCCGUGCCUUGCCAUAAAAUAAAGAUGUCGUCCACAAACCUGUGAUACUGUAUUAUUGCAACAUAUAAUUUUAUUUAUCCUCCGUAUUGAUUUUAAAUCUCUGCCGACAUUUGGUUUUUAAACAGCUUUGCCGUCUCUAGGCAACACAUGAUGAUUUCACCACACGUCACUUUACGGCAAUUAACAUAACGAUCCACAAUUUGCGGCUUCACUCAUAUGGCAGAUUGGACACACAGGGAGCACUUGGUGAUUGGGUAAGUUUAACAAGCGCUUAUGUAUAUAUUUGAGGUUUUUGUAUAUGACAGCAUCUUGAUAAAGACCGCUAGACGGUCGAAACGUCGAUUUUUUUUAUUUUUUUUUGUGCUAUUUGAAUACAGUAAUUUGAUUUACCAAAUCCAUGGAGUGCUCUCAUUUUUUGCUUUGUUUAUAGUAUUUUGCACAGAGAAGCACCUGGUAUGUAUUAUUAUUUGGGAAGAGUGCCAGAAAUUGUAUAGUUUCUAGAUAUUGAGUGUGUUGUGCCACACUUUCUGAGCACCUCCAGCUGAAAAAUAUCUUUUGUUAAAUUUACACCUUUGGAGUGUGACCUAGCUAUCAAGUAUUAAUAUGGAGGAUUUUUUGUUGAGGGCUGGAGCCCUAGCUGACACAGCUGAGACCAUUCAAAUUACAGCGCAAGAAGCUGAAAGCAUACUUUGGCCUAACACCACCGCGGAUCUUACCCACACGGAUUCCAUUAAGGAUCUGUACAAUGAUCUUAUGAAGUUAAAAAGACGAGAAGUAGACUUAGAUCUGCAUGGAAUUUUUAUCUCAGAUUAUUACCGAGCAAAACGGAUUCCAAGAGGUUUCAGGGUAAGAAACUCUCCCACUAUUGGGAGACAAAAUCCCGAGUUUUGGAAAAAAUGGAUUGGCAUAGCCAAUAAAUGCUCGCUUGACUGGAUGAUUAUAGUGGUAGAGGAGGUAAAAAACUAAUUAGUUUUUACCAAGGAGUCUAUUAACAAGUUUGAAAUGUCGCAUGUUACAACGUUAAACGCAACCACAUCCACCCAAUAUAUGGUGAAAUUACAGGACGAAAUCAUGCGAUAUAGAAAUGAUCUCAUAAGAUUCAAAAAACAAAAAGUGGAAAAAGUGAAUUUCGACUAUACCCACCAUCAGGUAUACCAUUGGAUUAGUGGAGAAAGACAUAGACUACCAUUCCAACGUAACAGACAACGAACACGCAAGCCUCAAUUCUUAUCCAUUGACACGAGCUCAGCAGACUCCACUUCGGAAACAGACACCAGAACUACCUCAAGCCAAGGAGGGCUCAUCAGAGAUACACAACAAACCCAAUCAUCAACUUUUUUAGGGCUGGAACGACACACAAACGAUCCCCCUGGCAAAUAUCAACGCACAAGGAGAGGUUCAAAAGACGCAGAUUUAUCAGAAGAGGACAGAGGAACAAGAUCUAUAAAUACCAGAUCCAAACCACCAACCAGAAGGACAUAAAUCCAGUCUUCAACCUAUCUUCCAAGACGCUGACCAAUGCCCACAAUCAAGUACUAUCCAAAGGACUUACAUUCGUUCCGACGGCCAAACCAGACGCAUUUAAAACCGGGGUUGAAUUGUUCAAAAUGAACAGAAUUUUAAAUAUGCAAGCUACUCGUGAUACCAUGACAGUAAGACCAUCCUCAUCAUUCAAACUCAAAAGCGUUUGGGAACCUAAAUACACACAUCAUGCCAUCAAAACCUUCUCCACUAUUUUGAAAACUGACAUGGACAUCAUUCUUGCACAACAACAGAAGAAACCGGAUAAUUUAACCCAGGCAGAAAGAACUGCUCUCAGAGAUUUGAGCAGGGAUGAUCAACUUGUGAUUCGAGCAGCAGAUAAAGGGGGAGCAAUAGUCCUACAGGACUAUACGGACUACAGGGAAGAAAUUUUAACCCAAUUAUCUGAUACCCAGACAUACAGAAAGCUAACCUCUGACCCCACGAGCAAGAUCAGCACCAAAAUACAGGAGUGGAUAACAUUGGGAACAGCAGCAAAUUGGCUGGAUCACAGCACAGCGGAAUAUUUGCUCAAUACACAUCCGAAAAUUCCGAUCCUUUACACACUCCCUAAGAUACACAAGGACGCAAAGAAACCACCUGGGAGACCAAUUGUAUCCGCUCCAGGAGGUUUACUGGAACCCAUAGCUAAAUACGUGGAUUUUUAUUGUAAGUCCACAGUCUCCAGAUUAUCCACAUGCCUAAGGGAUACCCAAGACUUCCUUAAUAAAAUCACCAGCUGUGAAUUAAACGACACACAGUACAUCUUCGCCACGGCAGAUGUAAAAAAUUUGUACACGGUGAUUCCUCACAAUAUGGGGAUGGAUGCGAUGCGAACACUGCUAUUACAAUCAGAUGUCUAUGAAGGUCCCCCCAUUGAAUUUUUGUUAGAAGGAUUACUACUUACAUUGACAAACAAUUAUUUUCGUUUUGAAAAGAAUUUCUACAUUCAAGAGAUGGGAACUGCGAUGGGAUCGGCAAUAGCUCCAACAUAUGCGAAUAGUUUUAUGUAUGCAUAUGAGAGCAGACACAUUCUGUCCACAUAUAAGGAACAUUUGAUACAGUAUCACAGGUUUGUGGACGACAUCUUUAUUUUAUGGCAAGGCACGGCAACAGAAUUGGAGAAGAUGAUUGAAGAACUGAACAAUUUAAACUCCACCAUUAAAUUUACUUUGACGUACAGCCCAGAUAAAAUCCAAUUCUUGGAUGUGGAGAUAUUCCGGAAGGAUCGAAACAUUGGACAUCGAUUAUUUAGAAAACCCUCAGACCGCAACACGCUGCUACACGCCAACAGCGCUCAUCCCAAAGCCCUAAAGGAGUCUUUACCUAUUUCGCAAUACUUAAGAGUGUACAGGAAUAACUCGGAGGAAAGCACAUGUAAAACUCAACUAGAGGACAUGACCAGAUCCUUUGUGGAACGAGGAUACACAUAUAAAGUGCUCCAAGAAUGUCAAAUAAAAGCAGAAAAUAUAUACAGGGGCAUAUCUACUAAACAACUUCAAAAUCUGCCCAGAAUUACGAUCCCUUUAUCAUACCACACGGAGAGCCAGAGAUUUUCCCACAGGAUUAAAGGGAGAUGGGACAUCUUAUCCAGCGACAGAACACUUAAUCCGUUUUUUUUUUACAGAAACCAAGGGUCGCAUAUUCACGCAACAGAAACUUGAAGGACAUUUUAGUAAAAACAGAUAUACCGAGCCAAUAUAAUACACGAACAUUGCAUACCAAGAAAGGCUGUUUCAAGUGUUCAGGUUGCGUCACCUGUGGACACAUGCUGACAGGCUCUUCCUUUGCACAUCCCCACACAGGCAAAAGAAUCCAGAUCAAACAUCGACUAACCUGCAUGAGUGACCAUGUAGUAUACCUCAUUUCAUGCCCAUGUGGGAAAUAUUAUGUGGGUAAAACAGACCUUACAGUAAGGGACCGUAUUCGUGGUCACAGAUCAGGAAUCAUGACGGCGUACCGGGAUGGGAAGACUGAUAAACCUGUGGCAAAACACUUCCUAGAUUUCCAACACCAUUUACCCACGCUUAAGUUCAUUAUGAUAGACCACAUCCCACCGCUCACAAGAGGAGGCGACAGAUCAAAGUUACUUUUACAAAGGGAAACCUUUUGGAUUACACAUCUGGAUACGGUCCAACCGAAAGGAUUAAACGAAUACAACUCAUUUAGUUGUUUUUUGGAUAUCCGUUGAUAUCGCUGAGCAGUAAAUGACUUGGAUGCGAGAUUUUGACUCAGGAUUUAAUGACCAUCCCAUAAUAAAGAGGACAUUGUGAAUUAUUUCCAUCUGAUUUCCUGCCGGUGGGAGUUACAAUACAGAGCUGCAAGAAAGGGUUGUGGACUUCCAAUUGGUGAUUGGGGAUAGUACAUACAUCUAGGCACUUUUGGCUUUUUGAUAAAUACCCAGUGAUAUAAGGUUCUUAUAGUAGGACCCUCUCUCCUUUUACCUAAUUUUUCUCUUUUCCAUUACCUAGCAUGCCGAUCUUGGAGGCUGCACUGGCAUAUAGUUAGUAGGAUCACUGUUACAUUUUUUAUUGUUUAUUUUCUCUUUAUUGUUUAUUUUUACUAUUUUUAUUUUUAUUUUUUGCUAUUUUUAUUUUUAUUUUUAUUAUAUGUUUUUUAUUUUUUUAUUUAUUUUGAUAUUUAUUUUUAUUUUAUUGUAUUUUGUAUAUAUUUUUUAUUUCAUUUUAUUUAUUUAUUUAUUUAUAUAUAUAUAUAUAUAUUUUUUUUAUUUUUUUUUAUUGCAUUCUUACCUUUCUGACAGUGCAUUCUCAUUAUUCACGAGGGCUCAUUACACUUUUAGUGCAUGUUUCAGCUGCACAGUCUUUUUCACUCUUCAUUGAUUGUCUCAUUUCUAGAGGUCAGGCAGUAUACUCACAUUUUUUACUACAUCAUUUCACACACACACACACCGGAGAAUGAUCUUAGUAGCACACACACACUCUUUUCUACAGUGUCUCACAUACAUACCGUAGAUUGAUUUAGUACAGGAUUUUCCCAUUCUUGCUUUAUUUUUUACUAGUUUGGAAUUCACACAUACUGAUUUGUCACUCACCAUUUAAUAUUCCCUGUGUUUAUUUAUUUCAUCACACACAUGCUGAUCACUCUACACUAUAAAUGGACCCCAGUAGAUAAAGGGUCAACAUCACACACACUCUCUGUUAUAUACUGACAACUCACAUUAUGCUAAGCCAGCCUGUUUUCUGUAAUUGAUGCCUGUUCUUAUUGUUUAGGUUUGUGAUUUGGCAACACACAUGGCUUUCCCAGCUAGGGUUCCCAAUUUAAUAAGGAGUUAGGAGUAUUUGAGUUAGCUCUAUUAGGCUACACAGGUCCACAGUUACCAAUACACCAGUCUUUCUAACUGAGUCCCUAUAUGAGCAAUCGUUUCUAGCCAUUCCUGGCUCACUCUAGUAUCCUACGAUCAGUUAGGCAGUUGCUUAGACAUUUAUGAAAACACAUAUGCAACAUAUAAUUUUAUUUAUCCUCCGUAUUGAUUUUAAAUCUCUGCCGACAUUUGGUUUUUAAACAGCUUUGCCGUCUCUAGGCAACACAUGAUGAUUUCACCACACGUCACUUUACGGCAAUUAACAUAACGAUCCACAAUUUGCGGCUUCACUCAUAUGGCAGAUUGGACACACAGGGAGCACUUGGUGAUUGGGUAAGUUUAACAAGCGUUUAUGUAUAUAUUUGAGGUUUUUGUAUAUGACAGCAUCUUGAUAAAGACCGCUAGACGGUCGAAACGUCGAUUUUUUUUGUGUGCUAUUUGAAUACAGUAAUUUGAUUUACCAAAUCCAUGGAGUGCUCUCAUUUUUUGCUUUGUUUAUAGUAUUUUGCACAGAGAAGCACCUGGUAUGUAUUAUUAUUUGGGAAGAGUGCCAGAAAUUGUAUAGUUUCUAUAUAUAUAUAUAUAUAUAUAUAUAUAUAUAUAUAUAUAUAUAUAUACACACACAUACAGUACAGUAAAACUUACUCACUGACCAAAUAACAACUUCAAAGCUCACAAAAUGUAAUCUUGACAUCUGACUUAAAAAGUAUGGGGGUUUAGUUACGGUAUAUAUUAAUACAUUGCAUAAUCCUGCCACAACGUCAAUAUACCCCAUUAUGGAAGGCCCUAUCCUAGCAACGUAAUGCUCGCUUUUAUGAGAUUAAUCCACUUACUUGGAAAAAAUCCUUCCUCCUGGAACUCUCUGCAGGUCAAGGUUAAAUAGGCAGGGCCGGAUUGGCCCACUGGGAUACCGGGAAAUUUCCCGGUGGGCCAGCAUACUAGCAAGCCGGUGGGUACGGUGCAAUUACAGGGUGAGCUUCUAUUCCCCUACCUGGUCUGACAUUAAGUGCUCCUGUCAGAUCGGGUACAGUGAGCAGGAGCUCCACCACCACAGUCUGCCUGCUUGGCCACGCUACAGCAAGGUACAGGGAGAGGCGGGGGGUUGGGGGAGGAACUAAUGGGACACAGGGAGAGCUGGGGGGGAAACUAAUGGGACACAGGGAGAGCUGGGGGAGGACUAUUGGGACACAGGGAGAGCUGGGAGGACCAUUGGGACACAGGAGAGCUGGGAACUAAUGGGACACAGGGAGAGCUGAGGGGGAAACCAAUGGGACACAGGGAAAGCUUGGGGACCACUGGACACAGGGAGAGCUGGGAAGCAAAUGGACACAGAGAGCUGGGGGAACUAAUGGGACACAGGGAGAGCUGAGGGGGAACUAAUGGGACACAGGGAAAGCUGGGGUGACUAAUUGGACACAGGAGAGCUGGGGGAAGCAAAUGGGACACAGGAGAGCUGGGGGGGGACUAAUGGGACACCGGGAGAGGGGGAUGACUAAUGGGACACAGGGAGAGCUGGGCAAAGGGACUAAUGGGUCACGGAGAGAGCUGGGAGGGGGAUAUAAGAACACAUGGAGGGCUGGGAAGGGGGUAUAAGGACACAUGGAGGGCUGGGAGGGGGGUAUAUGGACACAUGGAGGGCUGAGGGGAGAACUAAUGGGACACAUGGAGGGCUGGGUAGAGGGUAUAGGCACACAUGAAGGGCUGGGGGGUAUAGGGACACAUAGAGGGCUGAGAGGGGGCUAAUGGGACACAUGGGGGCUGGGAGUGGGCUAUAGGGACACAUGGAGGGCUAGGAGGGAGGGCUAAUAUGACACAUGGAGGGCUGGGGGGCUAAUGUGACACAAAGGGGGGCUCAUGGGACACAUGGGGGUGCUACUGAGACACAUAGAAGGCUUAUCAAUAAACUGCAAUCUCUAAGUUUGGAUUCCAAUAUUGUUGAAUGGGUGAGGCAGUGGCUGAAUGACAGGCAACAGAGGGUUGUAGUCAAUGGAGUAUAUUCAAAGCAUAUUCUUGUCACCAGUGGGGUACCUCAGGGAUCUUUACUUGGACCCAUUAUCUUUAAUAUUUUUAUUAGUGAUAUUGCAGAAGGUCUUGAUGGUAAGGUAUGUCUUUUUGCUGAUAAAAAUAAGAUAUGUGACAGAGUGUUCCAGGAGGGAUAAGCCAAAUGGCAAAUGAUUUAGGUAAACAAGAAAAAUGGUCAGAGCUGUGGCAACUGAUAUUUAAUGUGGAUAAGUGCAAGAUAAUGAAAGGAGAGAAUGAGACACACAGAGGAGCUGUGGGGAAAGAUACACAUAGAGGUGCUGGGGCCUGGGAAAGAAACUCACAUAAGGGCUGGGGAAAGACAGAAAAGACAAUGGGGUGGGGCUAAGAGACACAUGAAACGGGCUUGGGGGAGAAAGACACAAACAAAAUGUAUCUUCACUUGUGUCUCCUGCUCUCCCUGUAACUCAGAAUCGACCAGAGAGAGAAAGAUGUUGUAUUAAAGGGACACUAUUGUCAUCAGAACUACUACAGUUUAAUAUAGUGGUUCUGGUGUUUAUAGCCUGUCCCUGUAGGCUGAGCAUUGUAAAUUCUACCUUUUCAGAGAAAAUGCAGUGUCUACAUUGAUGCCUAGGCGCAUCUCUAGUAACAGUCACUCAAACGGCCACUAGAGCUGCUUCUUAGUCCAGUGCUGCACAUUCUGCAUGGAGGCGUUGAUCGCUCCCCAUAGAGAUGCAUUGAUGCAAUGCAUCUCUAUGAGGAGAUGCUGAUUGGUGUGGUAAAGCACAGCAUUUUGCCACAUAUGCGCAAUAGCCCCCAAAUGCUUUCCUAUGGAAAUUGAAUUGGCAUUGACUGAACUUUAUCCAGUUGUCAGACAAAGUGAAGAGUACACUCUUAUUACUUAAAAAAAACAACAACAAGAUAACAUCAGUUUAUUUACUGCUGUGCAAUAGCAUACAUUCACAAUUUCAGUCCAAAUGACCAAGCUUUUCUUAAUAUAUCAAGAAAAUGGACUGAAACAUUGAUUAUAUGCGAAUGCAGUCUGCUUACAAUAAAUCCGCUCUUUUGUUUAUUUUGAAGCCCUAUGAGUGCUUUCUUUCACGUUUGAGUGAUAGUUUUCAGUUUUAAGGUUGUUUUUUUUCCCUGCUUCCAUAUCUGCACACUAUGCUGGCGCAAUGCAUUAUGGGGCUAGUAUCAAAUUUUUUUCCAGGGCUACUUUUCAUUCCCAGCCCGGCCCUGUAAAUAGGACCCUGGUAUGAGGCACUUGUGACAAGGAGGGGUGCAAAAUUGGAGAGUUGGCCUGGUAGUGGUUUCAUAUGUAUAUACAUAUAUAUAUAUAUAUAUAAAUUUAUUUUUCAAAAAUGUUUUAACAGAAAAAUGUCUGGAGGUGUCUUACAUUUUCUUGCAUGUCCAGGGAAACCAAGGUGAUAUUAAUGUCACCAGGAGAAAUAUUACUAUUUGGGCCUGUUGGCUUAGGUGCAGAGUGAGGAGAAGUAGGUAGGCAUAAUGGAGCCUGUGCCAUGGACUGCUUAGGGAUGGGCUUUGAGCAGAGUUACAGGGACAAAAGAAAGUAUUCACAUGUUUUAUACUGGAUUCUUAUACUGAACAUGCACUGUGUGUUUUAACCUGUCAUAUAAUGUCCCCUGUGCAGGCAGAGCUGUAGUUACCUGUGGCAUCAUAACUGUGAGGGAAAAAUAAGCAGACAUAGGCAAGAUUGAAGUGUACUCUUCACAAGACUGAAGCCCAGCUUUCAACCUACCUAUGAUGUUCUACAUUUAGAUUGCUCUAUUUCAGACACUUUCCAGAAAAUGUUCUAUUCACAAAGGAGUGUAAAUAAUAGCUGUACUCAUUAUCACAGCUAUAUAUUGUUUUUGUAGGGGAGUGAAAGAAAAUGCUGGGUAAGAGAGAAAUAAAUAAAGGUAGCUGGGGGAUUAAAGGAAAGUUCAGCAAGCAAGAGACUGCAGAAUGGAGAAAGGAAACUGGUGACUAGUGGAGAACUACAGCUUGGGGGGGAAUUAAAAAAAUGCUGGAUGGGAAAUGAUCUGAAACUCUUAAAGGUUUUAAACAUAGUAAGAAUUUAUUAUGAGUGGUCUGCACAAUAUUAACAAUUUAUUAUGAGUGGUCUGCUAAGUGGGCCCCUCAAUAGAAAAUGCAGGGUAAUCAGUGCUGGCCCAAGACAUUGUGCUGCCUGGGUCCAAUAAUUAAAUGCACCCGCCCCAAUGAUGCAGUGUGUGUAGGGAAUGUAUUUUGUGUACUGGUGAGCCAGUGUGUCUAGGGAUGCAUUCCAUGUGUGAGUGCUUUAGGAUACAGUGUCUGUGUGUGCUGGGGAUGUAGUGUUUGUAUCUGUUUGUACCGGACAUGUAGGGUAUUUGUCCUGGGGAUGCAGUGUGUGUGUGCUCAAGAAGCAAUGUGGGUGCUAGGGAUGAAGUGUAUGUUUAUGUAUGUGCUGGAGAUGAAGUUUGUCAGUGUGCGUGCCGGGGAUGCAGUUUAUUUGUGUAUGCUGGGGAUGAAGUGUGUGUCUGUGUGUGCCUGGGAUUGGCUUCCUAUGUGCAGCACACUGUGUGUACACUGCAGCAAAUCAUGACAUUUGUACUUACUGUAUCUGUGGCACGGUGGUGUGACUUCUGCCUGGAGUCUGGAGUGAUUCCUAGCAGCUCUGCUCCUCAUGCUCCCAUAGCUGAAGGUCCAGUAUUGACUCCUGCCCUGCUCCUGGCUGUCGACUCCUGCAUCAAGGAGCUGUAUGCAUUGCCCCUUGUGCUGCCCUGUAGGUGGCCAGCAUGCAGAUAGCUAAACACUGAGAGGGAUUAUUCUGCAAUUUCUCCAACAGCUAAGCCCACUUAUAGCCCUGCCAGGAAUUAUAUAAGUAAAGCAAACCACUGAAGUCCACACAGUGUCACUUACACACUCUCACUAACACACACUCUCUCACUGACACAAUCUAACUAACACACACACUCUUUCAAUGACAUACACACAGUGCUGCCUGGGUCCAAUAAUUAAAUGCUUACACACUCUCACUAACACACACUGUCACUUACACACAUGAGCUGCCCGGACCCCACACAGAAGCAGGCAGCUUACCAGGAAACCUCCAAAACUGCUUUUGGAUUAUGACAUGGGUGGCAAAAAUGCCACCCGUGUCAGAAUGCCCGCUGGACACGCCUGCCCUGAGGGGGACAGUAGGCAGCAGCAACCUUACAUCCUGAUUUAGUAGCAAAAGGCAUAGAGCAUGCAAAAGUUGAGUAUGCAUUAUUUACAGUUUUAAAAGACAACUGCAAUUUCUCCUUCACACUUUCCUUGUAAUUCUCACUCAACAGACAUGGGACACAAAAAGCACAGAAUCCUUCCAGGGACUUUUCUGAGUACCAAACUACACACAAAAAUAGUGGGAGCUCUCAGAAUCCUUCCCGGGACUUUUCUGAGUACCAAACUACACACAAAAAUAGUGGGACCUCUACACACCAUCUCCUACUGCUCAGAGCUGUAUGAACAUUUGCCAGAGGACUCAUUUGUUAUAAUUCUCACUGACCCCAACAAUAUGUAGAUUUUAUCUUGACUGCUUUAUUUGCCAGAGAACCCACUAGGCCCAGCAAGUGUGCCAUUGUAUACAACUCAUAUCAUGGCAAAUUGUUCAUUGUUACUGCCCUGCACUAUACAGAACCACCAUGGUCCACAAAACAUACUAACUAACUACAAUGCAGUGAAAAGCUAAAAUGACUCUAUUUGUACAGAAAAGUCAUAGACAAAUCAUUCCAACAUCUCGUAUGUUAAUGUGUAUUGCUCACAAAUUUAAACCCUAAUUUACAUAAAGUCUAUGUUAUGUCAGUAUGGACUUAAAAAAACACAGGGAAUCAGGGCCAUCUUUAAUAUUGAUUGGACCCUGGGCAAAACAUUUGCUUGGGCCCCCUGGACCAUGUACACCCUCCCCAGGCGUGCAAACACGUUAUCACCCUUAACGCAGUGGCUACCUAAAGUAGAGAGGUGCAAUAAUUUUUUUUUGGGCCUCCCUAUUGCAAGGAUGUUUAAAAGGUAGAUCCCCAUCUGUUGUGCAACUCCAGCAAUGCCUUGACAGCUGGGGCUCUACCAUUUAUCCAUAUUUGCAGGUUUGUAUUUAGCACUAAGCUGGUUUUGUGUGUUUCAAUGUAAACAGGUUUUUGUAUGGAAUAUGUUUGUAUGUGGCAUUGGCGUUUGAAUGUAAGCAUGUAUUUAUGUGUAGUGUUGGUUUUUGAAUGCAGGGGUGUGUAUACAUAUAAUGUUGGUGUUUAACACAGACGUGUAUUUGUAUGUUGUGCUGAAGCUUGAAUGCAGGGGUGUAUUUGUGUGUAGUGUUAGCGUGUGAAUGUUGAGAUGUAUGCACAUAUACACAAACACACAGGUAGAUAUGCACACAACCUGACACACAAAUACACACCCUGACACACAUACUAAUAACAUAACAUACAGAUACACUGAAACACACAAAGACAACGUACAGAUACACACUGACACACAUACAGACACACCGAUACACAUCCUGACAUACACAAAGAUACAAACACUGACACACAUGCAGUUACACAGACACACAUAUACACACCUGACACACUUGCAGAUACACACACAUAUAUACACACUGACAAACACACAGAUACAAAAAAUGACAACAUAUAGAUACACACAGAUAUACAAAGUGACACACAAACAUACACUGAUAGACAUACUUACACAGACACAUAAACUGACAGACAUACUGACACAUAGACAGACAGAUAUAUACUGAGACACACACAGACAUACUGACACACUGACAGACAUGCUGACAUUCACCAACACACACACCGACAUACAGACAAAAAGAGUCAAACUGAUACAGACAUGUACACACCGACAUACAGACAUGCACACACUGACAUACAUAUGGACACACAGAGACACAUACACUAACAGACAUGCUGACACACACACACACAUAUACUGACAGACAUAUUGACACACAUUCACAGACACACACACAGGCAUACUGACACACACACGCACAGACAUACUGACACAUACACUGACAGACAUACUAACACACACACGCACUGACAGACAUACUGACACACGCACUGACAGACAUACUGACACACGCACUGACAGACAUACUGACACACGCACUGACAGUCAUACUGACACACAUACUGACAGACAUACUGACACACGCACUGACAGUCAUACUGACACACGCACUGACAGUCAUACUGACACACGCACUGACACACGCACUGACACACGCACUGACACACGCACUGACACACGCACUGACACACAUACUGACACACGCACUGACAGACAUACUGACACACACACUGACAGACAUACUGACACACACACUGACAGUCAUACUGACACACACACUGACAGUCAUACUGACACACACACUGACAUACUGACACACACACUGACAGACAUACUGACACACGCACUGACACACACACUGACAGACAUACUGACACACGCACAGACAUACUGACACACACACUGACACACACACUGACAGACACACUGACAGACACACUGACAGACAUGCAAAAUUUACACUAUUAAACCCACCCUUUCUACGUUGGAGGGUGACUUUCCUACCAGUGGCUGAAGCUGCUGGGAGUUGGGGUCUGGCUAGCUCGGCCCAGACCCCCACUGCUCUGCCUCUUCCUCCUCCCGCGCGCUCCUCUCUCUAUGGGAGGAAGUGACGUGCAGCCGUCACUUCCUCCUAGCCGGCUGCCGAAAAGCAAGAGGGCCUGGUCGCGCUCUUAAAGCGCCAGAGCGCAAGACCGGGCCCCUGCUGACAGAAGCCCACCGGGUGCGUAGCUGCACCGGCAGUUGGGAAAAAUGCUUGAGGUCAGCGGGGCCCACGGUGCAGCUGCUUCGGGCCCCCAAGAGUAACUGGGCCCGGGGCAGCUGCCCCGUUUGCCCCGCGGUAAAGACGGCCCUGCAGGGAAUGAAAAGUACUUUUAGUACUAAGCCUUAAUCUAGCUGUUAAUUUUUACAUUUUUCCAUGUUGAGACAGUGAUGUAUUUGCAUAAAUAUUAGAGUAGCUAGAACAUAUUUGUAAUCCUUAUGGUACAUGACUACCUUGGUCGUUAAUAGUCUAGGAAAUCUGCAUUUUGUAGCAAAUUGGGUCUGGCCACUAGUGCAUUACUAUAUGUGUUUUUCUGGUCACUUGCUCUAUUCUAAUUAGCCUUGUGAUGCUUUCACCUAGUCAGAAUAUUAUUAUUAUUAUUAUGUUAUUAUUUAUAUAGCGCCAUCAAAUUCCGCAGUGCUUUACACUGGGUGGACGAACAAACAUGUAGUUGUAACCAGACAAGUUGGACACACAGGAACAGAGGGGUUGAGGGCCCUGCUCAAUGAGCUUACAUGCUAGAGGGAGUGGGGUAAAAUGACACAAAAAGGUAAGGACAGUAUUAGACUAGUGACAGUUGCAGAAGAGGAAUCAGUGAGGAGCUAUUAACAGUUUAAUUGAUACGCUUUUAUGAAAAAGUGGGUUUUUGAAGUAGUGGAGACUGGGUGAGCAUCUAACGGAGGAGGGAAGCGAGUUCCACAGGAACGGUGCAGCCCUCGAGAAAUCGAGAAAUCUUGAAGGCGAGCAUCAAAGGUGGGAGUACGGACAGAAGAUAGACGUAAUUCUUCAGCAGAUCGUAAGGGCUUAGACGGGACAUACUUGUGUAUAAGGGAGGAUAGAUAUGUGGGAGCAGCAUUAUGUAGAGAUUUGAAAGCAAGAACCAGAAUUUUAAAUUGAGCUCUUUAUUUUAUAGGAAGCCAAUGUAGGGACUGACAGAAAGGUGAGGCAUGGGAGGUGCGGGCGGACAGGAGGAUGAACCUUGCCGCCGCAUUCAUUAUGGACUCUAACAGCGCAAGAGAAGCAGAUUACAGUAGUCAAGGCGAGAAAGGACAGUGGAAUGGACCAACACCUUAGUCGCAUCUGGCGUUAAGUAAGGGCAGAUGCGCGCAAUGACAGCAUUUGGCGAUAGAUUGAACAUGAGGCUUGAAGGAGAGGUCGGAGUCAAAAAGAACACCUUGGCAGCGAGCCUGCAUGGUGGAGCUGAUGGUAGCACCGUUGACUUGGAGGGAGACAGACACAGGAGUAACAACACUUGAGGGAGGAAAGACCAGAAUUUCAGUUUUGGUCAAGUUUAGUUUAAGGAAGUGGGCAGCCAUCCAGUUAGAAAUAGCAGAGAGGCAGUCAGAUACACUAGUCAAGAGGGACGGGGAGAGAUCAGGAGAGGACAGGUAGAUUUCCAUGUCAUCUGCAUAGAAAUGAUAUUGGAAGCCAAAGGAGCUAAUGAGUUUACCAAGGGAGGCAGUAUAGAUGGAGAACAGUAGGGGACCAAGGACUGAACCUUGGGGGACACCAACAGAGAGGAGUUGGGGAGAAGAAGCAGAGCCAGAGAAAGAAACACUGAAAGAGCGCUGGGAGAGGUAGGAGGAGCACCAGGAGAGAGCAAUAUCUUGUAGACCGAUAUUGCGGAGCAUGAGAAGAAGCUGUUGAUGAUCAACAGUGUCAAAAGCCAAAGACAGGUCAAGGAGAAUUAGGAUAGAGUAGUGACCUCGAGAUUUUGCAGCAAGUAGAUCAUUGGAUACUUUGGUCAGUGCCGUUUCCACAGAGUGCCUAGCGCGGAAACCAGACUGAAGCGGGUCUAGCAGAGAGUUGGACUCGAGGAAGUCUGUCAAUCUCGCAUACACAAUUCUUUCAAGGAUCUUGGAUGCAAAAGGCAGUAGUGAGAUAGGACAAUAGUUGGAUGGGGAGUUAGGGUUAAGAUUGGGCUUCUUUAGAAUUGGGGUUAUAGUUGCAUGUUUGAAGGGCGAUGGAAAUAUACCAGAGGAGAGAGGGAGAUUGAGAAUUUUAGUGAGAGGUGGAGAAAGAGAAGAAGACAGAGUACGGAUGAGAUGCGAGGGAAUUGGAUCUAGGGAGCAGGUGGUGGUGCGGGAGGACUGGAGCAGAGUAGAAAGCUCUUCCAAUGUAGAGAAUAGAGCUUUACAUUGAGCAGUAGUGGCUGUGUUGCCUAGAAUACCUUGUGCCAAGGCUGGACGACAGGGAUUGGCUGAGAAUGCUGCGCUAACAUGCCUCUCUCAGCCACUCAAGGUUGUCCAGGUUGGAUAAAUGUGAAAAAUAUUGGGAAUUUGAGAAUUUUUACCAAAGGAUGCUUUAAAUAUAUAUUUUCUUUUAAGAAAAGUGAAUAGGAGUUACUAGCCCCUUUAGCAACCAGAUGACCUAAUGAGAUUGGUAUACAUCUAAAAAAAAAUAACCAUCUACAGGCAUACACCCACUUUAAGUACACUCGCGAGUACAGACAUACCCGCGCCUCUUCUGUCCUCGAGUGAACAGGAAAUGGAAGGUUCUAUUCUUGCCCGGAGCAGAUCAGUUCAGUGUCUUUGGGUCAAGAACUUUUCACACCUUCUGACAUGGCACAGGUUAAUCAUCUCAAAUUUAUAAUGCCUACUCCUAGCUGAAUAUAUAUAUAUAUAUAUAUAUAUACACAUAUAUAUUCACAUAUAUAUAUAUAUAUAUAUAUUUUCUGCCCAUACAUUGUCCAUAUUCUGCAAUCGGCUGCCAUCCAGUGAAAGGGUUUACCCUGCCUUUGCCGUUUUCUAUAACCAUGACUUAGCAGCUUAGCUGCAUUAGCCACAAUUCUGAGGAUUCAAAGUUAAACCAUAAAUGCUUAAAGUGAUGAAGAGGGGUUUCUACACAAAGCUGCUAACAAAUACAAAUUGGCACUGUAUUGACAGAAAAUGGCCCAGUGGGCAUGUUUAUUUUACUCUUCCUCCCAGUUUAAGGUUGUCAGAUGAGUAAAACAUUAAAGAUAAAUUAGAUCUGGAAUUAGAAUUUUCUUUUUACUGUUUGUUUUAACUGAAUAAAAGCCCACUGGAAAUCACUAAAUAAAUCACUGGAAAUAAAAUCACUGGAAAUCUGCAGUUGCAGUAUCCGUUAUGCCUGUAAAUUACUAUUGCAAUGAAGUACAUGCACUGGGAAGUGAAAAAAGGUAUUGCUUCACUUUAAGAACAUUCCGUUUUACAUACAUGCUCUGGUCCCAUUGUGUACUUAAAAGUGGGGUAUGCCUGUAUUUACCAGUAAAGGCCUCUAGAGAGUAAAUAUAUAAAACGCUUAUACGCGUCACAGUGUUGUAGUCCCUUUCCUUCUUCCCUUGGUGCACUUGAUGGAGGGGCACUAUUACUCAAAAAUAAUGCAGCAUAUUAAAAUGGUUUAUCUCCCAUUUUAAUGUGGAAUUUUUUUUUCAUUUUUGUUAAGUAAUUUUACUUUGCAUAUAGGAAAGAUGAAGAAACUAAAUGUCCUUUCUCUGAUCUGUAUCUUAGAGUAUACAUGUAUAGUGGUUGUACCAUAUUUAAAAUUGCAAUUUUCUCUGCUUUGUGUCUGAUUUUUUAGGAUGGAUCCAUGAAAUAUCCCAUUAAGACAAUGACACUGUGGUUUGUAUCUCAGUUAAUUAAAUGAAUCAUUUUAUCUACCUCUUUCCCUGCAGCUCAGACCACCCUUUCACUUUCUGGGUCAACGUCCCUAUCAUGGCCUGUGCAAACUGACUGUGUUCAAGCCAAUGAGCAGUGUAAUACAGACCAGUCCUGCAGCUCCCGAUACCGCAAACUACGCCAAUGUCUUGGAGGAAGAGACAGGGAUGUUCUGCUUUCCAGCCAGGAGUGUAAGACUGCCCAGGAGGUUGUCCGAGAUAGUGCCCUCCAUCUCUGUCGCUGUCACAGGGGCAUGAAGAAAGAGCUGCAGUGUCUUCAAGUAUACUGGGGAAUCCGUGCUGGCCUGGCUGAUGGUGAGAGGUGACCAGAUGGUUACAUUUUAAAGGAGCUCGUACUAGAAUUUUUUAGGAGCUGGUGUAAAAGAAUGCAUGUUGGUGCAGUAAAAACUAUUUAUAGGAUGAGCAGGCCAAUGUCUAAGAGGCUCAGUGGGAAAGUAUCAUAAUAAAGGGUCAUGAACAAUGUUUAUUUUCUUUAGUGUAAGUCUUUAUGGUAAAAGGCGUUGCUGCCUGUCCUUGCUUUUUAUCUCUAAGGUUUCCUUGAAACAGCUUGCCUAUUUCCCUGACGUGUCUAUGUUACUGCCUUUGCUUAUUGGACAUAUGGCCUUAAUGUUUGUUUACUUUAGCCCUUAUACAUACUAUUUCUAUCCUAAGCGUUAUGCAUGGCCACUUUAAGGUUUGGUAUUAGGCCUUUCUAUCAUUCCUUUUGCACCUUUGUUUUCUGAGGAUUUUCUACUGGUCCUGACAGGGAGUCACAUCCAGUUUUCACCUAGCAGAAUUCAGUGUGGUAAGAAAUAUAUAGCCCCUCGUGGAUGGCCCUUAGUAGGGACUCUGCUUAUUAGUAGUAUACAGAGAGAAAUAUGGAAUAGAAACAGGAAAAUCAUGCUAUCUAGCACUUGUGAGACAGUUGAGAUCUGGUAUAUAAUAUCAAAUAAUUGGUGCAAACUAAGAGGGAGUAAUAAACUGUAAAGGAGUGGAAGAUUAUACAUGAAAGGAUAAGCAUGCAAUUACUUACUGCAGUUGGAUAUCUUUAUUGAUCUCAAGUGAGAGUUGUAUCUGCUAAGACAAAUAAAUUUUCUUGUUUUGUUUGUGUAUGGUUUUGAUUAGUCCAUAGUAGAUAAAACUAAUUUCCAAGAAUUGCUAAUCUGUAUUACCUUCAGCUGUCCAAGAUUCAAUGAGAAACAUUUUGAAAUUCUAUUUAGUGUGAUUGCUGGAGUUAUGUAUGAUAUAUAGAAGUUAAAACAUGAAGGUAAUACAAUUUGUAGAGGAAGUGAAUAGAAAAAUGAAAGAAUGGUGGAAAUUGGGAGGAUUUCAUUACCUUGAGAUUUCUGCUUUGAUUGGAAUUGUUAGAUUUACACAUAAUACCUCAGCUACCCUUCAUCAAUUGUACCUCUCACAUGUAUUAAACUUUAAGACCCUUGCUUACAGAAAUAUUUCCAGUUCUAUUAAAAGAAUGCAGUUAUACCCUAAUUAUAAAGACUGCCAAUUCACUGCAUGAUAGAAUAAUCAAGAUUCUUGUAGAGUCAGCAAAUCUCUCACAAAUAAGUAUAUUCAAUUCUAGGAUUUCGUUUUAGAGAAUUUUAGGGAAAAGCAGCACAACUCAAGAUUAGCUUGUAGAUCACGUGCCUAUUUUCUUCCUUUAGAAGACCAGCACACUACUGCUUCUAAGCCCAAAACUAUUAUAAUGUGAAUAUCACAUCUAGUCAUCUGGUUACAUAAAAAUAAGAUUACAAAUUUUAUUCUGUCUUUCAUAGUUGAAUUAUUUCAUGCUAUGGGUAGACUGUAUCAAGAUUCCUACUAUCGAUAAAACCUAUUUAACAACUCUUGUCCAGGCCAAAACAAAGGUAAAUUCAAAGAUUGAACAUUAUUCCCGGAGGCCUAUUUUUCCCUAGAGAAAAUAAUUAAGGUACAACAAUCAAUCACAAUACUCAGAUCACUUGUUGAUUUACCCAUUAUUGCCCCAUUGCCUUAUUCUUCUUUUCUUAUCCAAGAACAAAUGUUGUAAAUACUUUAAACGGGUGGUUAUGAAGUUCAUGAUAUGUAAUGGCCAACCUACAUUUCAGGGAUUCAUAAAUAUUUUUUUUCAAAAGAUACAUGUGUAGUUGGGUAUCUUGCCAAUAUACUAAUACAUCAAUUUGAGCAGCAUUAUUAGACAUAAACAGACAUUGCAACGUUUUGGUCCACAAUGGGGCCUUUGUCAAGCUAACCACAAGUGAUAUCCUUUAUAAAUAGUAAUCAAUUAAAUAAUUAACACGGUACAUAUCAAGACAUAGAUAAUCGAUCACACAUCACAUUAAUCGCAUGUUAAUAAUGCAUUCGAAUAAAACAUAAAAAUUAUUAAAAAACAUUAUAAAGUUUAAAAAUAAAUUUUUAAAAAAUUACCUGCAUGCAAAGGGACAUCAAGAUCUUGUUUUGGCACAGUACUGCUUAAAGGUUGCCUACCUCUGCUCUAGAGCAAUGAUAGCUAUCCCCCUAGGCCUUUGUUACUACAUUUCCCCUUAAUAUCAACUACCACAUUUUUUAGACACAGACAUCAUUUUCUACACCUUAAAAUUGCCAGUUUAAAGUUGAUUUUAACAGAUUUGCAGGCUGAGAAGUCUCCCAGUUUUAGACAAUUAUAAUUCUAGAUUGCUUCCGAGUGCCGACUAACAACACGGAUACAUGGAUUUGCUAAUUUUUUAUCAAGAAUAUUUACAAGCUAGUGCAAAAAUCAACCAAACAGACAAAAGUAGACUACAUAUGUAAUCAAGUAGCAUUUGAAACCAUUAUAAGGUUAUAUUUAAUUCCUACUUUUUACAAUAUUAACUAUAUUUUUGAAGUUGAUGUCUCUAAUUGCUUACUUUUCAAUAAAACUAAUAUCUGCCUCAAACAAAUCAUUUUUCUUUUAAAAAUAAAAUAUUAUACAGGCUCUUUGGUAGGCAGACUCUUUUGGAGGUACCCUUGUUCCUAUACAAUAUUACACCAAUCAAUGUAUCCUUAAGCUACUCAAAACUGCCAUGAGUAUAUUCUCUAACUAUGGAUAUGCAGUAUUUUUUAACCCAAGGCCCAAAACCCCAUCAAACAGCACCUGAUCACCUUGCUGGCUUCACCAUAUUGAGGUAAGCCUUCUCCUGCCAAGUUUAUACAAGGUUUCCUUCUUUCCAGUUUUGACCUGGUUUAGCCAAUGAGAGAAAAACUCUGUAUCAUACUAACUUCUUCUGACCCAGGCCACAGUCAUGAACCCAUGUCCAAGGGGCUGUAUUUGAUGUCCCAUCUACCAUAUUACUACCAAAGACUUUGGCACCUCUAAUAGCAUUUGUUAAAGGAUUACAAAUGAAAAAUAACAACCUUGUUGUAUAAUAUGUAACAUCUCUACACCCAAGAAAGUGUCUCCAUAUUUAUGGAUCAAAAGUUGGUUGCAGGAACCGCACUCACUCCCAACGGCCACAAGUGUUCUGGAACAGGACCAGCAAUCCAAAUACGACAAGGCAAUAAGAAAGAUUCACAGGCACUCCAAAUGUGAAAGCCGCAGGCAGAUUUAUUGCAACAAAAUGAACAGCAACGUUUCAACCUAACAAGAGGUCUUUGUCAAGCUAUCACCACACAGUAAAUAAAGUGCAUAUAUAGCGAACAGUGCCAGAGAGCAAAUCAAUCAAUAAUUCACUUAAUUCAUUAACAAGAAACAUUAAUUAGUGCAAAAAUACAUUUUUAAGGAUACAAUCACGUCGGCACAAUGGUGAACGACACACAGCUUGUGAUCUGUUUCCCUCUGAAACGUAAAUGUUAAAGCAACCCUGGUUUUGCUUUUAACUUUUUUGUUCUCUAUUUCUCAGUCCUUGGUUUUUAUUUUUUUUUAAAUUCUCCUUAGUUUUUUUUAGGGACUACUUCUUCUAAAGGAGAGCAUGAGUUUUGGUGCAUUUUGGCAAUGGGUGGAACUAGAACAAAGUUCCAUAGCACAAAAAAAUUAAAAUAGGAGGAAAUCUGAGUAUCCAAAAACUAAAUGGAAAAAAAUUAUAGUAUUGAUAUAGUGAGGCUGGUAUAAGUGGAAAGAUACCUAAUUAAGUCAAAAAAUGACUGAACAAACAAAAAAAUUGAAACUUGACCUUUAAUAAAUACUGGUUAAAAAUUGUGAUUAACAAAAUUCAGCAACACCCACCAAUAAGAGAAAACACAUAAACAAAAAAAUAAAAAUAAAUAAUAGACUACAAAGGGAGGAUCUACUAAAUGUAGAAAGAGUCUACCUAUGUUCCUAUAGAUCGGGGUGGGCAACCUUUGGCCCUCCGGAUGUUGUGGACUACAUCUCCCUAGAUGUUUUUCAGCAUUAUGACUGUAAGAGCAUUAUGGGAGAUGUAGUCCAAAACAUCUGGACGGCCGAAGGUUCCCUACCCCUGCUAUAGAUAAAUGAAAUAUAGAGUAGGAAGGGUAGGUCUACUAAAUUAGGUAAAGUAGUCAAUUGACCGUGUACUGUCUGAAGGUACAUAAAGAUAGCAGUAAGAAACAGAAAGCUUGGCAGGUAGGCAAGUGAUUUCUUCAAAAAUUUUAAAUGGCAAAAAUGAAAAAAAACCAAGAGAUGGUAUAUUAUAACAUAGAUAAUAUUAAGAUAUUGAAAAAUAAUUACAACAGUGUUUUUUUAAGCAGAGACAGAGACAUAAUCACAUAUUACAUUUUGCAUGUAUCAGAUCCUAUUCUAUCUGAAAAUCUUUUUUGAUGAUAUAUAUAUAUAUAUUUUUUUUUUACCUAAUAUGAUGUUUUGCACAAGCUGAAAUUAUGAGAUUGUGUUAAGCUGUUCAUAAAUGCUUUUCAAAUUGUGUUUGCUUAAAAAGCCUCUAUACUACAACAUGAAGUGACCUAUUACAAUACAACUGAAUGCAUCUAUUCAGCACAUUUGGGUAAAUGAAAGUGACUUUCCCUUGUUAACAACCAUAGGCUACUGAAAAACCCAAUAUCUUAGAAUGCAAAUUCAACAAAGAACAAACAGCUAACGUUAAUUCUCAGUACAAAGAAUUGAAAUUGUAGGGACUCGACAGGCUAAUGUUGUUCAUCUUUUUAUGCUAUAUACUAAAUAAAUACAUAAAAGUAGUAUUAAUAAUAUACUAAUAAAUACAACUAAACUUCCUCAUCUGGUGAAAAAAAAAUACUCAGGAUUCACAGAUACAGCAGUGAAAUUUUGUCAAACCAGGAAGUGGCAUUCAGUCGUGAUGCUCCCUUCUUUUUCUAUGGGGGUUCUAAGCAUACCCUAUAAAUGCCUGCACAACAGAGCUUUAUGGACACAGCAGGGGUUUCUGGGAAUUGUAGUUGAGAUGUCAGCCUUCUAUGGUAUAAAUGACAGCAGAAUUACAACUUCCAGAAAUCCUACUGCCCUGCCUCUCAUGAUACUGCGUGUUGAUACGUGUUGACAUCUCUGUGGAUCUAUGUUUGCAUAUUUUUUUAAAAAUACAAAACAUUUCUAUGAAACUGUGUUUUUUAGAUUUUGUAAUAUUUUUGGGAGAUUUAGGCUGACUCAUUCACAUCGCUCUGUGUUUGCUUCUGCUGAUAUUAAGAGGUGCUGAGUUUACUGUGGUCUUUUUAUGCUUGCUUGAUUGCUUGCUUUUUUACUUUAGCAACAAGUCAUUUUAUGACGUGCAUGCCUACAUGCACAUCGUAAUCAUAUAAUCAUAUAAUGGUUAUUUGCUAUUCAUGGGACAGUUAGGAUAAAAGGUAUAUAGAGAAAAUGUUAAACAUUGAGAAAAACUGAACAUGGUAGAGAAUCCGUUAUUUAGAAUUUUGAUUGUAGAUGUCAGUGUUUCUGUAGACAGAAAUUAUUUGGUUUGCGGGAAAGAUGGAUGAUGGAUAGAUAGAUAGAUAUAUAGAUGGACGGACGGACGGACGGACACACACACAGACGGAUGGACGAAUGGAUGGAUGAUGGAUAGAUAGAUAGAUAUAUAGAUGGACGGACGAACACACACACAGACGGAUAGAUGGAUGGACGAAUGGAUGGAUGGAUAGAUAGAUAGAUAGAUAGGUAGGCCUUACUUUAUGUGAAAAGAGAGAGUUUCAGAAUAUACAUUGUGAAAAAGAAGAUAGAGAUUAAAACUGGAAUAGUGAUGUGACUGUAUGGAGUAGUUGGCAAAUAUUAAUGUAAAAUCUGUGAAUGAUGAAAGAAUACAGUUAUGGCUAAAAUAUUGCAGGAUAAUGAUGGCGUUAAAAGAAAAUAGGAUGUAUUAGCACAUAAAAAUAAUAGUUGGAGAACAGGAGAUGAUCAUUUGAACUAAUAAUGAGUUGGGUGUAAAACAGAGUAGCAUUGAAGAAGAGUGGGAAGGACAAGGUAAAAGAAAAUAAAGAAAGGACAACAAAACACUGUUUUCCUUCUCUGUGAAUGCUCAAUGUAGCUGUGAUAAACUCUGCAUGUCUUCCCCCUCAGGAGAUGAAUUUUAUGAGGCGUCACCAUAUGAACCAGUUGCCCCACGCCUAUCUGACAUCUUCCGUCUGGCAUCAAUCAACUCUGGUGAGUGAGGAACACAAAUUGACAUAGUUACAGAUGCGGAAAGGAACUGAAUGUCAGUACAUGUUCCCUGCACACUGGGAACACAUUUUAAGAGUGGUGUCUUAAUUAAUGGCAUGGUGUGAACAGAACUAUGUACUGUAACUGGAAAAAAAUGAAUUCGCCAUCAGUGAACUAUAAUUCAUUGUACUUUCAAUGUGAGAUAGACAUGCUGAGAGAGGCAGAUGCAUAACAUCUGAUUUAAAGAUUGAGACACAUAAGGGAAUUGUGAAUAAGAGUACCUUGUUCAAUGAUAGUCGAACAACGUAUAUGCUAGUGUGCUCUCAGAGAUUUAUCUAAUUCAAGAUGCUCGUAUUUAAUGCAGGGCAAUAUGUUGUGAUUGAGAGAUAGUUUAAACAAAGGGACACUAUAGUUACCAGAACAACUACAGCUUAUUGCAUUUGUUCUGGUGAGUAAAAUCAUCCCCUUCAGGCUUUUUGCAGUAAAAACUGUAUUUUUCAAGACAUGUUUUAAGGACAUUACAUCAAAGUUGAAUCAGACUGUAGUGUGUUUUUCCACUUUAAUUUUGAAUGUGACUCCAAAUCCAGACCUCCAUAGGUUGAAAAAUUUGAUUUCCAUUUUUUGAUUUUUAUGUGAUUUUGUUGUCAGCACAUUCAACUAUGUAAAGAACAAAGUAUUUCAGAAGAAUAUUUAAUUCAUUCAGAUCUAGGAUGUGUUAUUUUUGUGUUCCUUUUAUUUUUUUGAGCAGUGUAUAUCAUUGCACUGUGAAUGGGAAACAACUGUAAAUUAGACAGAGUUGUAAAUGUAAGGUAACCCCCAGUUGUGAGUGAGAUUUAGCUCAGUAUGCUGGUAACUAUCACUCUGAGUUGCGAGUGAGAAUUAGCUUGCUCAGUGCGGUGUGAGUGAGUUUUAAGCUCUAUAUAUUUUGAUUGAAAUUUACAUUGAUGCUUGCUGUGAUAACAGGUGCUGAUCCAGUCUCGUCCAAGCAUAAUGCCUGUCUGGAUGCUGCCAAGUACUGCAAUGUGAAUGAUAUCUGCAAGCGGCUGCGCUCAGCCUACAUCUCUACCUGCACUGCAGGAGCAGGAGACAAGACAUGCAAUCGCCGCAAGUGCCAAAAAGCCUUGCGUACCUUCAUUGAGCGUGUCCCUUUGGAUCUUUCAUAUCCCCUGCUAUUCUGUCCCUGCCGGGACAAGCCCUGUGCAGAGCGACGGCGCCAGACUGCUGUGCCUGACUGCUCGUUUAUGCGUUUAGAGAUCCCUAACUGUCUAGAGAUUUGGGCAGGCUGUCGACAGGACACAGUGUGCAGGUAACAGUUUAAAGAGCAAAUGAUGGACACCUUACUAAUGAAUCGAGCUCCUGAGAACGACCACUGACAAUGCCUUUCAGUCUACAAUGAGCGAUAGCAGUUAUACAAAUAAAUACAAGAUAUGAAGUAAUUCUUCAGUAUCUGUAGAUUUAUGUACUUCCUUUGUAUUUCUCUUUUUUUAACAGCCCUCCCUGUCAUCUUUCCCCUUUUCCCUUUCCUUAUCCUGAUCCUCCACAUUUCCAUUCUGAAGUAGGGGCUAUCCACAGUAAGCGGCACCCUUUUAAGAUACAAAUUAGAAGGCAUGGGGUGUGCAAAUAUGAUUUACAAAUAAACAAAAAGUGUUUGAACCCUUGAGAUGAGAGAUAACUAGGAAGUUACCAUUGGAGAGGGGAAAACAUUGUAAUAGGAGAAAGGGUGUGGAGGUAUGGGAGCAUUUAUAACAGGCUUGAUAACAUGGACACAUUCCAUCCAUAGGAACCCAUCCAACCUCUCCAUAAGUGUUCUUCUGUACUCACACUUACCUCUCUAUUCUGCAGGUCCAGGCUGGCAGACUUUGUUACCAGCUGUCAAAGUUCAUCUCAGUCUGCAAGUGGUUGUGUUCAGGAUAAUUACCCUGCCUGUCUGGGGGCAUAUGCAGGGCUUAUAGGUGAGUACUGUAAGGAAGAAAAUCUGUAAUAAUACAAAUAUGUUUUAUAAAUAAUGUGGGGUUUUAAAUAUUUAUACCCACAAAAUGUUGGUAUCAGUUUAUUUUGUGAGUAUUCACCUAAUUAGGUCUUUAAUCUCUCUAUAUCCACAGGAUUUGAUGUAGCCUUGAACUUUAUGGACUCUGAUCCACAUUCACUGGCAGUGGGGCCCUGGUGUACCUGUAAUGGGAGUGGAGAUGAGGAGGCUGUAUGUAAACGAUACCUCAAUACGUUUACUCAAAACACCUGUCUGAGUGAGUGAGAGUUAUGGGGAUAUGACCUAUGGAAAAAUAUCUAUACUGGAUUUGUGUGGGUUGGUAAAAGGUGCAGUUGUCACCCACGUACCUCGAAUAAGGUUGAUGGCAGGAUUCAUAGCAAAGAUGACUAACAUAUCUAGGUAUGGGGGUGUCCCAAGAACAGAUAUGUUUUAUAACAAGGGAGGAAUUAUCUGAAGCAGGAGGAACAUGUGUGCAAAGAGCAUUAUGAAAAUGGUGAACUGAGUCAAUGUAUUGAGUAUAAUACAUUCAUUGACAUUUUUAAAUAUGUGUAUGUUGUCAAAGCAUAAUGUGUAUUUGACCUCAGAAAAAUGUAUAUAGGGCUAUACUUUUAGUAAUGCAUCUUACAGUACUUUGUUGUUGAUCUCUUCCUAAUUAAUUAUUUGCAGAGAAAGCUAUUUAUGCCUUUGGGAAUGGCUCUGAAAUUGGACACACACCAAGUGCCCCCAAAACUCCUCAUACAACCAUCUCACCCCGAACUGAGAGAAGACUUCUCCCCGACAAUCAGAGUGACAGCAAUAUCCAGUAUGAGGGUAACACAGGCAUCUGCACUUCUCUACAGGUGGGAAAGGUCCAAAAAUUUAAUUCAAGUUACUUGAGAACUCAAAACACACCAGUAAACUACAGACACACUAAAUAUUUCCAGAAUUGAAUAGUACAGGGGCAAAGUGUUUGAUUCAAAAUAAAUUAUUCAAAAAACAAAUGGUCCUCCAAUGUGAGUAGAGGCAGGUGGGUUCUUUUCCCAUUAGACAUACAGUGCAUCACCAGAGCUGGGUUCUUCACCCAGGACUUAAAUGCCAUACUUCAUUAAACAGUUUAUAAUUAUCCUUUUUUGACGGCAGAUAAGAACCGUUUGGCCCAUCUAGUCUGUCCAAUUUUCUAAAUAAUUUAAUUACUCCUGGCCUUAUCUUAAGUCUAAGAUAGCCUUAUGCCUAUCCCACGCAUGCUUAAAAUCCCUCACUGUGUUAACCUCCACCACUUCAGCUGGAAGGCUAUUCCAUGCAUCCACUACCCUCUCAGUAAAAUUAUACUUCCUGAAAUUAUUUUUAAACCUUUGCCCCUCUAAUUUAAGACUAUGUCCUCUUGUUGUGGUAGUUUUUCUUCUUUUAAAUAUAGUCUCCUCCUUUACUGUGUUGAUUCCUUUUAUGUAUUUUAAAGUGUCUAUCAUAUCCCCCCUGUCUCAUCUUUCCUCCAACAUAUACAUGUUAAGAUCCUUUAACCUGGGGGCGGAGCCUGACCGCAGAUCAAAUCAGACAUGUUUAGUCCGAGCUCCCACAUCUAAGCCAAUAAAUCUGAGCCAACUGCGUACCACAAACAUAUACUGAUCUACAACAGUGAUCUUAUUACUUAUCAGCCGACGGUGAACUCAGGGAUACCCUAUAAGACCCUACACGGUAUCCCAGUAACCUGAUCGAGGCCUGAGGCCUACCAGAGCUUGAGUUGAGGUGAGACCCAGUUCUCCGGCCGACGCUUUGCUGGGUUAUCCCGGCUCCCACAGGCGACCACCAAUGCACACAGCCACGCUUAAGCACUAGUCCUGCCGAGAAUCAAGAACUGGGCAAUUACCCCCAAGAUAGCUGACUACCACAAGCAUUGUGCACAACAUGGUGUGGGGAGCAAACGGAGCACGUGUGAGGUCAGGACACAACGUAUGGCAAAGGAACACGCCAGCUUCAGUGCUAAGUUAUCUGCCUACCUUGGGCCGCCUAGAGCACCAGCUGUUCCCUGCAAGAACUUGGCCUUCUUUGUGAAUAACCAGACUUGUGGCCUAAAGAUGCAGGCCUUCACAACGGCCCGGGGCUGUGUGGAGGACUUGCUUGGACUCUGCUUCUUGCCACCGCACCACCCCCUAAACCUGAUACCAAGCAGAGGUAUGGGAUGAUUCGGGACUUUGCACCCCAAACACACAGAAGCUGGUGAGAUGGCUCACAACUCGGACUAUCCACCUAAACACAACAUGUCUGCCUGUUUGUAUAUUUGUGUUUCUUUUCCUUGCCCACAUACUAUAACAUAACAUAUGUUUAACUGCUUGUGUGAGGAAGGGCACCAGAAAGGGCAUUUUACCAACGCAUGCUUUAUAUGUAAGCAGACGCGACACUUUAUAAUGCCGACACACUUGCAUAUACCUAGCUCUGGCACACACCAGCUCCACUGGGCACAUAUACACUCGGUGCCCCCACCGCUAUGCCUGUAUUGGGGAUACAGGGCCCGAUACCUACCGUACACAAGCGUAUGAUGCGGGGUGGGAAACAUGGAAUCACAAGCCUGUUACUCUUCAUAGUUGUAUAAGCAGUUAGCAUGUACUCACACAUAUCUAGCCUGCAACACUAAGCCCAUCGCAUGUUGUACAUUCGAAGACACCCUGCAUGAUUUCUAAUGUUUAAUGACACUAGCCUGAUUAAACGUGCACCAGUGAAACACAGUAGUUACCUCGCUUAGGGGUUUACCCUAUUUAAAGUUGUUAUGCAUGUUUUUUGUUUCUCUUGUUUAACUCCUUCCGUAUUCUUCCUGAUCCUAUUAUUAUAAAAUUGUUCAUGUCUACUCUAAUAUCCCAAUUAUAAUAUGUGAAACUCUGCUUGAGGAUUGCCGUUGGAGUACCUCAAACGGUUCUGUUAUAUUCUUAUGCACUGCAAAAAUACAAAAAAAAAAGAUCCUUUAACCUUUCCUGGUACUUUUUAUCCUGCAUAUAAUAAAAUAUCACUGUUAAAUGUUUAAUCAUCAUUAUUUCUUAUUAUAGGAAAUGAAGAAUACCAGCCUGUCAGAUCUGGCAAUCUGUGUCUCAGAGGUAAUAUAUAAAAGUAUUACUUUAAAAUAUCUGGGGGAUCCUUAUAGUAUCCUGUAUUUAUUGUUAUAAUACACAUUACUGUAUUUAUUGUAAAAAGGCACAUUAGAAAUACUUACUAAUCACAGAGUCACGCUCAUCGAGAGAGACAGCCAUCCUUUAUUUUUAUGAGCAUUUUGCAUCAAUUGCAUUCAGGAAACCAGUGUGUGUGGACAGCUUUUAACUAAACAUUAGUACAUGUCCAGAAAUACGUUUGUUACAUGUAAUAAGGAUUUUGGCUUGCAUAGGCUAUCACUAGGACACCAUGUUACUUAGGUAAAACUGGUCUCUUAUGCAGGUAUGCUCAGGGGAUUCGUUUUUUGUUGGUAUAACUCACAAUGACAGAUGUUUGAUACUAACAGAGUUAUUUACCAAUAUGACAUAAAACUAAGAUUUAAUGCCAGUGUUUAAUGAACUCUGAUUACUAUAUAUACAUAUUAUUAUAUUUUUUUUUUUAAACACCUGGGAACUCUAUGAUCUUUGGCACAGUCACCAACGAUCAUGUUUUAAAGUAGUGGCGGAAUUAGUCAUUAUACCUUUAUUGAAGUCAGUAUAGUGACGUCACAUGGGUCUGGAACUUAUUAUACACUAUUCUCUGUUUUUUGUUCUCUCACUACAGUCUCAGCUCAACACAGAGGUAGCACCUGACUUGAAGACAGAUGAGGAACAUUCUGGAAUACCUCACCUUCGACCUUCGAUUCUGUACACUAUUCUUACAAUUCUCUAUGGCAUAGCGCUCUUUCCGUGAUAUAUGUAUUAUGAUCUCCUCACCCCUACUAAGAUGAGAUGGACUGAUUCCCUAAAAGCGUUGUAAAUAAAAUUCCCAAACUCAAGGGGAUGGAGAUGAAUAAGGGCAGUAAUGUGGGAUCGCACUUCUCUGCCAACCCUGAUGUGAAACAGGGGGAUGUUUAGCAAUCAAGCUGACAAGAUGUAAUAAACUAUGUAAGACUACUCAUUUUUCUCUUUUGUGAAAAUUACGCUACCCAGGUAUAUAAGGGAAUGAUACUGGAACAUAUGUCAUAUGAAUGAUGUCUGAAAGGGGUGCUGGAGGGAGAGGUAUUGGGGUGGACAUAGUUGGGGAAUUUCAGAAAUAAUAAAGGAAAAAUAAAAUUUUGAAGAAAGAUAAAAGAUGGUCAAGAGAGGAAGAGAAGUGUGUGGUAGACAAGCAGAAAAACACACGCACUUUGUUGUGUUGGAAUACUGGUAACAUUGAUUUAGUCAUUCAACUAAAUUACUGUCCCCUUUUCAUGACUCAUGAGAAGAGCACAUUAAGCCCACAGAUGCCAAUGCGUGGGUGCUAUGUCUACCACCCCUCUGCCGGAGAUUGCAACAAAGAAAGGUCAUAAGACGUCAUUCUUCCCAUCCUCUCGUUGGUAUAUGAACAAGUCGGUAUAUUGCAUUUCUCCAAACCCCGCAUUAAUUUAAAAAGUUGCAUUUUCUGAAUUGUUUAUCCUUUUAAGCUUAUUGUAAUAAAACAAAAAAUUAUAAAUAUUAAAUAUUUAUUAUAAUAAGUUAUUAGUAAAUCUUCAACAUAUUCCACUGUACAGUACAAAGGACAAAACAAAUAUUUUUGGGGGGGAAUGUGGAUAGCCAACCCUGCCACCUAGAGCUUGCAAUCUAUAGGAAUAUUAAUAAUUUUGGAAAAAGGAAUCCAAAUGUAUCAAAGAUCUAUGUACCAGUGUAUGUCUCUCUAUAUGUGUGUAGACACACACACACAUGCACAAGCAGUGGAUACGUGUAUAGUAUGUUAGCCAAAAUAUAUCGACCUGCCCUCAAAAUGUGUUAUUGAUGAUAAGUGUCUCAGUAUGGAUGAGCCUUUCGUAGAUUUCGCGGGCCUUAGUGUAGUGGACUGUGAGGGGGUGAUAGUUCAUUACAAGAUUCUUGCAGUUACUUAACACUUUAAAUGCCAGUAGGUAGUUCUGCAUAUCUGGAGAGUCUGCUGAGAGGGGUUUAAAAAAAUGAAUCAUUGCAGGUGGCUAGCAGGAAGGAAAUUGUAAAACACAAAUGAGGCUCAAGUGAUUGUUAAAAAUCAAGCAAUGGUUUGAUGGUGAGACACUUCAGGUUUCUCUCUCCCUGUGUAUAAAUAUCUUUUUACAACAUUUAAGUGCGCAUUUUUCUUCAUUUAAUGGAUUAAAAAAUAUUGACAAUAAA